AUGGGCGGGGCUGAGGCGCCUCUCAUUUCCCCUCCACGCUUAGCGGGGCAGCAGGGCUGGAGAGACCUCCGGGGAGCACAGUCGCCAGUCCAGCACGGAGACCCGCCUGGCCAAAAAACCGCGCCUCACACUUGCCAGGAUUGCCAAAUAUUCCUGAAAAAUAUACCUGCUAUUUAUGGCAUGUGGCUUGUAACUUUACUCCUGCUGUACUCUCUCCAAGAAGGUAAGAGAAAAAGAAAUGCUGGAGAUGUUUCUCAUUCUGCGCUCUGACUGCUCAAGUCCUUCUUUUCGAUUAAUUUUCAUUUUUCAUCCAACUUAUAAAAAAGGAAGAGAAUCGCUGUGGAAGGAGUGAGGGGCUUGUGCUUUGAUGUAUCAUCUAAUGUCUCCUGAUGGAGAAUUGGUGGAAAUUGUUACUUGAAUCAAAAUAUAUAAACAGAAGUGGAGAUGAACAGGUAGAAAAAUACUGGAAGUUAAUGCGUAAAGUGAUUUUUGGAGACUGUUUUGUGGGGUUUUUUAAUCUCGGGGCCCGUGCUGCUUCGGAUGAUUCUGUUAGCUCGGAUUGUUUUCGCAUUACCAACUCUGGUUAUGAAUAUGUAAAAUGGCUGAAUAGGGAGAAUGAGGUGCAAAUACAGAGGGAGGGUGAGAGUGAAAUGAAAACAUGCACCGGCCUGCAAUUACACAAUUUUUUCAUCAAUUUUGGAACAAAUUCCCGCUGAAAUGUGUCAGCCCUGUAAAGUUUUGCGUGGGAAUCUUGUGCUUUUUGUCAUUUCGGUGCUCUCAUUGUGUAGCUUUUGCUAAUUGCAGCUGUUUUUUUUUUAUCAUGGGCUAUAUUUGGCUCGCGCUUCAUUCCACAGAGAUGCACCUAAUUUUUCUAAAUAAGUAUUUUUGACGGUUUUAAUUCGUUUUAUGUCUGAUGACACAAUGUUACCAUUUUAAAUUGGAUGACAAUUAAAAGGCCCCUUUUCCUCUCAUCGGCCUUAUUAUUCUAAUGGCCCUGCACCCACAUAAAGGCCAUAAUUAGAGCAAGCACAUUUCUCCUCUGUAUUUCAUUCAUUCUCUCUCAACAGUUUUUUUUCCUUUUGUUGAAUUGCAUUUGAUUUAAAAGGCGGUCUAUUUGUUUAAAAGGAUUCAUUUUUCUUUCUUGUUUAGUAUAUGCAGUAAAUCCCUGACCCUAUUGCAAAGUUGAUCUUGUGCUAUUACAGUGCAUUAUAAUAAUCCUGAGCAAAUCUGCGUCGAAAAUAACAGAAGUUCAACACUAUCUCCACAUGAGAGCAUUUUCCAGGCCUUUGUGUAACCCGCUGCCUGUUUGGAUCCAUGUUUACAUGUUUGUUUUUCAUCCUAAUAGCACAGGCCCUCACUCUGUUAAUUCGUUUAUGAUAAAGUCUGAGAUAUGUGAAACAUGGCUGAUCUCGAUGUAGGGGAGUUGAUCAAAAAUAGGCCAGAAGCUCUGUUUGCCUUUUUAACUCCUGGCAUUUUCUCCCAUAGAUUAACCCAUUUUCUAAAAAAAAGAAAAAAAAAAUUUUGGCAAAUCCAAGUUACACGAGUUCCAUCUGUGUUUUACAUCUGUGUUUAACAUACUUCAUGUGUCAGAUAUUGGUGAUUGAUUUAAAGCUGUAAUUCAAAGCGAAAGCUGCGGUUUCAGAGACCCUCCAGCUUCUGCGGAAUCACAUUCAUAUUCACAAAUUUAUUUCAUCCAAUAAGAAACUCCAGGGGCGUGGGUGCAUAUUAUAGACUUGCCCGGUCAUGUUCCUCACUAAUAGCGCACCUGGACCCCGCGGACGUGACCGCGCGUGCCGGCGCGUGCGUCACGGCUCGUGUCUGUGUAUACGCAUAAGCGUGUGUUUGUGUGUGUGUGUUUGCGGGCUCACGAAGGAGGGGAAGUGGCAGGGACAUCCCUCUUACUUUGGUAACUAAAUAAUGCCCUCUUUUAAAAGGCAUCCUUUCUAGAGUAUACAGCUGAAUAUUAACUCAUUUUUAUUCAUUAUUAAAUUCUUAAAAAAUCAUUCAAAUCAAAUAAAAAUAAUCAAAAAAUGUCUCCAAAUUAAGUCAGAGAGCAGGAUGAGUGUGUGGGGUAGUUACAGAUCUUUGACAAAAAAAAAAGAAAAAGCUUGAAGAGUAAGAGCUCACCAAUUAGAGCACAAUGCCUCUCUCACUAAAUUAAGUACUUCACCAAAUAAAGAAAGGGUUUAUUGUGAUUUUAAGUGUGAUUUAACAUAAAAGUCUGCUUUAUUCUGAAUCCAAAUCAACUAAUUAUAAUUAUGUGGUGGGAUUAGCGAUGAAUUUAAUCAUUUUCAGUGUCAGGCCUGCUGUAGGCCUAUUUUGAACCUCGCAUUUUAAAAUCAAAAUCAUGAAAUGAAAUCCACAUUGUGUGACAGUCAGGUGUAAAAGCUCGGUUUUUAAUUUGUGGUGUGUACAGCAUUGAGGGGAUCCCUCACCCUGACACGCUCCUGUCCUCUCCACUGCACACCCAUCAAUAGAAAUAUGCAAACCACUCCCUCCCUCCUUCCCUUCUUCCAUCCCCUGUCCAAAAGCCCACGCUGCCUCAAGGCUUCACAAUUAAAACUGCAAUCUGACGUACAGACACCUCUCAAAGACAUGAAUGCUGUGUGGUCCACGGGGCUGACAGUCAUUACUCAGACAGGGCCCAGGUCCACUUUUAAUACCACCUCAGAUUUCCCCUCAUUAUUAAAUAAUACUGAAACACCCAAAAUUCAAGAGGGUCAAGGGAGGAGUGAUUUAUGCAGAAAUUUCACCCUUUCAGAAAAUUUCUUAAUCUCUUGGAUCAAAUGAAGGGAAUUUUCUUGAACAAAAUCAAGGGAGAGUCUUUUUUUCUGCUUCACGUUAACUCUUGGAAAAAUGGGAGUUGAAUUUGAAGUAAUGUCAUAUGUAAGUUUUACAUUACAAAACAGCGAAGAGGAAAUCUGUGCACAAAUUUGGAUCAGUGAUGUUGCCAAAUGGCGGGUAAAGUGUGAUAGAAUAAGACUGUCAGCUGGGAAGCACAGCUCGUUGCACUUCCCAGCUCGCCAAUAGGAUGUCACUUCUCUGUCACCGGCAUUCCUGCAAUCCCAUUCGUCCUUCAAUCUGCUAAAUGCCCAAACUAGAUUACAAAUAAGAAUGACUCAUUUAGAAAAAAAAAAUGCAAAUGAACACUGCCAACUGUAAGAAAUGUUUUUUUUUUCUUACAAGAACUCUGCGUAACACCACCCUGAUGCUAAAUUAAACCAGACCUCCUCCUAAAUUUGAUUGGAUACUGGAGCUGCACAUUUUCAGACGGAAGGGGAGUGCGUUCAGCAAAUGUCAAAUCUCUGAAGCAAGUAGUUGUUUUUGUUGGAUCUCUCUCUCUUUCUCUCUCUCUCACUCCCUCCCUCCAUCGCUUCCUCUCGCUGUAACUCCCCUCCCUCUCUCUCCCUCAUCACUAGGCAGAAUUAAAGGUUGGGGGAGGGGCUCUUUAUGCAGACUGUGCUGGGACUUGUGAUCCACAGAUUUGAUAUUCACAUUAAGAGAGAAACGGGCUGCUUUGAUGUGCGGGGGGAGCAGGUCCCAGGAGACUGCUGAAGUAGCACACUUUUUUUUUUUACUGACACAGCACAGGCCGGGGGGGUGUUGGUGUCGGGUGGGUGGGUGGGGAGCAGAUUGUUGGGGACAGGGUGUACAGAAAGACAGUAGGUGGGGAGCGCUGAUACCCCUGCGCUGAUUAGAUGUAACCCCAACAAACCCCCCUCCUACUUCUCCACCCACACACCACCUCCUUACACCAGACCCCUGAGGAUUAUCCUCAAGCUUACACCUUUUUUACCCCCCCCCCCCCCACACACACACACACACACACAGAUUCAACCAAUAUCCAAUUCACACCCGUUCUUACAGCCUCCUCCUCCGCCCCCCACUGCUUUAUGUUUCAUGCACACUUUGAAUCCUCAAAGUCACAACUUUCUGUCCUGUCCUGGAAACACCUGAAAGGUGGAUGAUUGAUGGAGGAGAAGAAUAAAGAGCUGCACGCUGACUGAAAAUCAGAGGGGGUGUUCUGACACUUCACCUAGCUGUCAUUCAGAUGUUGUCUUGGUCAAGUUUGACUCCACUUUGACUUUUACAGAGUUCAUUUUCUGUCACCUUAUUCAGUAAAGACCACAGAUGCUGAAAUUAGCUUUCAACACAGCUGAAAAUGCAGUUAAGGGUUUUAAAGAGUGCACCGUCAAUGCAUCCAUCCGAUACUGUAGUUUAAAAACUUCCCCUUCAUUUAGCCAGUUUCUGUGAAAUUAUAUGAUUUGAACAAACAGCAACAGCAGAGAGUCUAAAGUUAGUCAAUGCUGGCAGAAGUCAAUGAUAAGUUUACAUCUAUAUCUCUUUUUUAUCACACAGAUAUCAGUGAGGUACUCAACAUCAACCAGAACUCAAGUCUAGAUAGUGAAAUGCCGUCAUGUGGUUGUUCACCAGAGUGUCUGAUUCUGGUUGGGGUUUCUGCGUGUUCAAAAGAAACGUUUCCUUACAACUCUGGAGCAGAACCAAGAGGCGGCCAAAAUCUGAGUGGUUGACAGCACCUCCUCAAAUUUCCACUUAAGGCUGGUUUCAAAAGCAUCAAAAGCUACACUCAAACCCAUUUCUAAAAAGUCUGAUUUUACAGCAAAAAUUAACAUGUGUACAGCUGACUUAAUGAAACGAUUUUAGCUCAUUUCUCUAUCUACACUGAAGAUUUGAAGAUUACAAGUUUUCAUAGUUCGGGGCACUAACACCUCUUUGCCUCAUGCUGGGUUGACUGACAGUAGGUUGAGUCAGCAUUUCCAACAUGGUGACUGCUGUCCAUACGCUUCAGAAGUCUUCUUAAAAACCAGCAUACGACAUCACUGAAGCUUUUCACCCAUAUAUCAUACAGGCUGCUAGCAGGCCUAUUUUGCAUUUCAGUGUAACAUGUUUAGCUUUUGUUUGGACUUAAAAUCUUGACCAUGAGCAGAAUGUGGCCACAGUUAAUACAAGUCACAGGAUUAUGAAAUCUCUAUAUAAAACAGUUUCAUGUCAGUCAAUUGAGUCUGAAAAGUGUUGUUGGGAGUAAAGAAAUGUAACAUGUAUGAAAACAUACUUGGGGUCAAGCACAGACAAAUAGGGGUCAAAGCCACCUCCCACACACACACACACACAUCAGAUUGGCACAGCAGACGCUCUUAAUUUAUAAGAGCCCCAGUGUACAAAUAGUUUCAUUUAAAUUAAACUGUGAUACAAUCAACUGAUCUUUGAGUAACUUUAUUACUUUGUCUUAGGCUGAUGAAACUCAAGAACUCCGAGUCAUAAAUUCACCUUAACCAAAAAAUUUAACCUACAAGCAGGAGUCAGAUCCAUGUUUCUUCCAACAAGAGAAAAAAGAGAAAGAAAAAGAAAGAAAACUCCACAAAGAUAGCUGAUCAUUGCUUUGUGCUCACCUUGCCCUCCUCCACACUCUCCUUUCUUCAUUCACUCUCUACCCUGCUUGAACUCUGUCUUUAUUUCCCUCACUGUGUCUGAUGACUCGGUCCGUCAGCUGAGUGUUUCUUGACAUCCUGUCCCAAUAUAACUUGUUGUUAUAUUGGGACGUUUGUUUUUACAGCACGUGAGGGAGACGUUUGAUAUUUUUACGUGACAAUGAAAAUCAAGUUGGUAUGAGGUUACCAGACUACAUCAACCUCAGAUGGCACAGCAGCACAUACUAGAUGAUGAGACCCCAUGAGACCUUUUGUUUUGUGAAUGGGGUACCUAAAGUCACCCCUGCCAUAGUCCUGCCACCUCAGUCAAAAAGGUCUGACUCAGCUCCUGUUGCCAAAAGUUAUAACUCAAAGCGGAUUAAUGAUGGGUCCCUAUAAGGGUCAAGUUUACCUUUUUAUGAAAUGCGCUACUUAAAUACAGUUGGAUUAGACUGGAACAUUUUUAUAUACAUGAAAUGUGCUGAAAAUAAGACACAGGUUUAGGUUAGUGGUCGUCCUUCCUGCACUGGCCUCUGGUUUGACUCAGACCUUCAGUUCUUUGGUGAACCUCAUCCGUGCUGCCUGUUCCCUCUGACCAAUGAGCUAAGAACAAAAGGCCAAAAAUUCAUCUAAAGAUAAAAGAACAUCAACAUUUAUGGCUGAAUAUGAUUGUUUGUAGAGGAGGAAAUGGAGAGAUAGAGGGAGAGAAAAAAGAACAUGUGGAGGUAUUAUGUCUUUGCUCUGGCAUAGGGAGCUCAGGGUGUGAAAGUGUGUGUGUGUGUGGGGGGGUUCUGGGGUUUGUUUACCUCCACAUCACAAUACAGUUCUGUGUGUUGGGUGUGUGCGUGUGUGUCUGCGCGCGUGCACCCACAUCCUGGAGAAGAGGCGUAGAUCAGCUGCAUUAUGCAUGAUGAAACCUUGCAUAGGUUAUGACUUGUGCCUCUCUCACAUACAUAUUCAUGCGUGGCUCUCUGGCAGGAUGUAUAAAAUAGUGGCUGCGGCUCUGACAGACAAAGCUUUAGCUCCAGCACCUUCAAGAGAGGCUGCUUUCCUCUCUACUGCUGCUGCUACUGCUUUGACUGAGUGAGGAUGAUGAAGCCUCCUGGGUGCAGGUGAAGAGCAGAAGUAUCAACAGAAGGAGCUCCGACAUGGUUGUGGUCAGUCGAAUACCUGGAUGAGGAGUGUCCACAGGCUGCUGGUUAUUGUGCAGGUGUAUGAGUGAGAAAUGAACAGGAGCAACAUGUUGUUAAGAUUUAGCUGUUACAGGAUGUUUAAAGCACCUGCAAAACUCAUUCUUUUACAAUAUUACACUCCAUAUAUGUCGAGUUAUGUGGCCAUAUUACAUUGCAAAAUAGUAACACAUAGACAAAGGAUGGGGUUGUAGUCACUACUCUGUCAGAACAAGCUUUGGGCUUUUCAUUUGUGAUGCUGUUUCACCUCUAAAUACAGUUCUGAGAUGGCAACUUCACCCAAACGUUUGUGUGUUGGUAAUAUGUGGCAUGGCUUUGGUAUAUGUAUAAGGCUUUGGAAGCUACACCCUUGCAUAAAGAGGCUGCAGCAGCCUCAGUAAAAUAUAAAAACCUUCCUCAGAAGGGUUUGCCUCAGUCAGAUCAUAUAUUUUUGCAGAUGCCUCACUAAAUGGUUUUAUAGACUUCUAGUUUUUCCAAAAACAUUCUCUCCUUAUGUUGCACAUCUUAGAUAUGAUAAUGCUUUUUGUCUAGAUUGUUUCCUUAAGGUUUGUGUUUUAGGGUUUGUCAGUGCCUCCAGUGAAGCAGCUCUGUGCCCCACCAUGUUUAUUUGGAAGUACCAGCCUCUCACCUGGCCAGAGCUCAUUGUGUGAAGGCUGCUUGCAUGAGUCAAGGGGUCGCCCACAGAAAAAGGGAAUAUAAUGAAAGACUGAUCCUAGAUGUUUUUAAUCGUUAUCUAAACAUCAACAUAAAGAUCCAUUUUGAUUGAAAAAAGACUUAGUUUUAAUACAUUUAUAGUCAAUUUUAACUGGAUUAUUACUUUACCCUGUAGUUGUCCUUGACGUAUAAAGUUCUCAGUUUGAACUCUACAUUUAACCUGAACUGAUAACUUUCCCCGUGAUCCCAAUCACUUAAAUGGUUUGCAAAGAACCCAAACUGGUUAUCAGAAAAUUUUAAAAAGUGGAAACUUGGCUUUGAGACGCAAGAACAUGAUGUUUUUAAGGUUUUUAGGCCUGAUGCGUAAGGCAAAACGUUUUUGGCCUGUAAUCAACGCAUUAUUUUAACUCAUCUGCCUUUUUAUAGCAGCAUCAUCCGGUUUCCUGAAACCGCCUUGAUGCAAUACAACACCAUUGUGCUUUUAUAUGGCACAUAUUACUUCUUAAAAAAACACCCCCAGCCUGCUUCAUUGACAAUUCAAAAGUAGUAUGAACUUAAUGUCAAACUGCAUUAAGAAAUCACAGAUGUACUCAUGGUUUGAGCUGCCAGCUACAAGCUAAGCAUACAGACACAGCUCAUCGUCAUCACAAAAGCCCCGUUGGAGCGGGUGAAUCACCACAAGCCUUUUGUUAAAAACUUUUAAGCUGUCUUAUAAAUUUAAGUCAUGGGUUUAGAAUAAUAAAUCUAAGAGUUGAAUGUCGCCUGACCUGGCUGUGAAAGUUUUCAGUCAUCCAGGCAGCAAUAAUGAAAGCUUGCUCCAAAAAGCAACUGGACUGGCUUGAAGUUUUUGAAGAUGGAGAAUCAAGCUAGAAAUAAAAACUUAUAAUGAUGAGGCCUGCUGAGGUCAAAUGAGACUCCUGCUAGACCAUAAAAACCAUUAGCAAGGUCAGUGUCAUUAGAGAAAGUUGUAUUUCUCGCUCAGUCCACCAGUCAGCUCAGAAGUGAUGAGGCCUUUCAGAGGAAAUAUUAAACGUCUUCAAGUCCAGCUGCCUGUUGGAUUAAAUUUUGAAUUGAUUGAGCUGUUAUACCAGCCUGUCUCUUUAAAUGAAGUGGAGGUAACAAUGGAUUAAUUUGAUUAUGGUCUUUUUAGGGAGUUAAAGGCAAGUAAUUAUUGGAGAGGGUACUUUGUAAAUACUUUAAGUGAGUAUGUUAAAAAGACAGUCAGACUAGGUGUAAAUAAACUAAAUAAAAAUCAGUCUUAACAUACAGACACAAUCCUUACAAAGAGCAUCUAAGAGCCUCAACUCACUACUUCAGUGUAUUUUUAUGAUAUUCAAUCAAUCAGUCAAACUGCUUCACUGUUAAAAAUAGUGGACAAUAAAGUCCAAUCUGAUUUUUUUCAUGUGUCCAAUAACACUUCCAAACCUAAAGAUAUUCAGUUUAACGUAAUAAUAAUAAUAAUAAUAAUAAUAAUAAUAAUAAUAAAAACAAUGCAGAGAGCUUCUAGAAGAAUAAAGGAAUUAUCAGUGUCUGCUUUAUUUGAGUACAAAAUUACUUUCAGUGUAAAUCUAUUAUCAUAAUUACUGGCACGUUCAGUGCCCAUGCCGAAGAAAAAAUAAAAUAAGAAAAAAUAAGAUCAGAUAAGAUAAGUUAGGAUAAGAACUUUAUUGAUCCCCAAGGGGAAAUUCAAUACAAUUUUCAGUCAUCUCUUAAGAAAUAAAAUGGUGACUUGAUUCGUAAGCCAUUGUUUUGGCUCUACAUUGGUGUUAACUUUCAGUUCUUCAGCGAUGUUGGCAAGUUUGAUCUCUGUUGGUGACUUUUUGGAGGUGUAAGUGCUAUUUUGUUCACAGGUGGUGGUUUGCAGUGCUUGGACUGUUGGUUUUAAAUGGAGUGGAAACUCUGCAUGCCCAGCAUCAAACAGGACUGUGCCAACUGAGUGUUGGAGCGUAAUCUGUGUUACAUUCAUGUUGCUGUGCCUCACCUGGCCAAAUAGCAUAUUUGACUGACUUGGCAAUUUCAAUACACAUUUAAACUAAAUAUAAGAGCUCAGACAUGUAAAUUUACAGAGUUUAGAUGCAGUGGUCUUAUUCUGCUUUCCUUGUGAAUCAUAUUUAUCUGCUUUAGCAUCUGAAAACUCACUGCAUCAUCCUAUGACAGAUUUUGGUUUCUAAUUUUAGAUUUUUCACUGGGUCAUUGUUGUUGGGUUAAAUUGUCGCCUUUUUUUAAUUCAGUAACAGCUUUCAAGUGCCAGCGCCACCAUGGCAACCCACUCCGUCUCCUCCCAGUGUGACAGAGCGCUGAGAGCUGUGUUUGGAGUGUGUGUGUGUGUGUGUGUGUGUGUGUUGGCUCGCCUGGUUUUGACAGGUUCUGAGUGGUGGGAGUUUGCUCUGAUCCCCUUUCUAUUCCACUUCCAGCUCCAUCAGGCCCCCCACCCUCUAGUGCCCAUGCCCCCCAGGCCAUAUAAUCUACUGUAUGAGAGGUCCUCCUGCCGCCCAGCCCCCACUGUCCCGUGCUCUCAGGGUGACCCCCUCACUCCUCCACUUUAGUCCUGUCCCCCCAUUGGGAGAUUAUAGAUAUUGCAAUCUUUAAUAUGGGCUUUAUGCUCAGGGGCCAUUAUCAGUAAUCUGCAGAGGGGAGGGAGUCUGACCUGGUUUUUGCAGCCCACAACUGGACUGCCAGACAUAUUUUCAUAUACCAUCUGUAACAUUGUGCCCAGAUUUAUCAAUCUGUAGUCUGAGGUUGGAAACUUCUUUGAAAGGACCUGGAAUUAUGAACGUACCCCCCUGGAUGAACAGAUAUUGGGGUCUUUCUUCGAUCUACUGUGCUGGGCCAGAGCAGCACAGACACACUCAUGGUGCUGUGGUGAUUGAUUCUACCGGGAAUUGUUUGAUAAUGUGUCUCUGCCUGAAUCCCACAUGGCUUAAAGCCAUGCCUCAUUAAAACACAGCCAUAAACAAAGUCUAAAUACAUCAAACAAUCAGACACUAUUACUUUCAAUUGUGAUUCUCCAGAAAGUCUGUUUUGUCUCAUCAUCAAAUCUGAAGGACUGCUCAUCACAGCUGUUUGAGACGUUUCACUUUCUGCAUCAUUGCUGUGAACAAAAGAAUUAUUUCUCAUCUAUCAUAUACCCUUAACUCUAAAACCACGGGUCCAAACAGUGACUUGGCAAUAGCUGUGAAAAAGUGGCAGAUGUUAAUGAUUGAUCUAAGUGUUGUUCUGUUUACCCAAUCAAAUAAGGGAAAAGUGAAGCACAUAAAUACUAAUGAUUGCACCUGGGACAGAAGUACAAAGUAAAACUAUUCAUAUAAACAGACUCCCUGGUUGGAGAAUAUGUUGCUUUUAUUAGAUUUUAUGUAAUAAGUUAAAUACAUUAAUAUACUUGUCACAAAAAAAGCAAAUUGAUGACAUAAAACUCUGAGCAUCAAGAAAGUUAAUGGGGUAUUUAAAACUUUUUCCCAACAUUUUAUGGAUGAAAAUGUUUCUGAAUAUUAAUCAGGUGUCUCCAGAUGUUACAUUAUCAGUACAAACUGUGCACACUUAUAUAGUGUUGUCAGUUUAUGGCAGAACUUUCGCUUAUUUUCUGCAACAUUUUAGACCAAGUCAUGCAAUAGUUCUGUUUUACAAUAUUUUUCUAUUUUGACAUCACAAUAAUAAAAACAAAGACGGUAAUGUUUUUUAGGACUAAGGAUCUCAUUUAAGUGUUGGGUUUUUUGCCUUUAUUAACAAGAAAGGACUAGAGUUCGACUCUAGGGAGGAAGAGAGGAACAUGUGGUGGAAGGCUGAAGGUCAGAAUCAAACCCAGGCCGCCCUCUUCAGGACUGUGGCUUUCACUAUGGACUACAGCCUUUGCACAAGCAGAUAGAAAUUCAUGAUUAAGCUAAACCACGCCUCAAAGAAAAUAACUUUAAAGUAAAAAGUUAAACCCUUGAGAACAAUUUAAGCUAAAAAUUGGGAAAAACCUCUUCUGAAACAGAAAAGUCAUCUAUAUACAUUAAAUAAGGCAUUAAAUUGCUUAAUUAGAUGCAGUUUUUCUAAAUUAAAAAAAUGUGAUUAAAAAGAUCGAAUUUGUAGAAUUUGCAAAGAAAAAUCAUUUACUUUGAUCUGUUUUGCAGCGGUCAGGCAGUUUUUUUAAUGGGCUCAAAAAGGGGAAAAAUUGUUAGACCUAUUUUGUAAAGAAGUUAAACCGUCGGUAAGCUUAGUGCUAGUUUGAUCCAAUUGGGAUUAAAUCCCCCAUCUCUUCGUUUGUGUCUGAAUCUUCCAGUAUGUUUCACAGACUUUGCUGAACUAAACAGCAGCAGAGACAGACAAUAAGAUGGGGGAAGGUGAGUGUUGGGUGAUAUCAUUCAGAUUCAGUGGUGUUUAACAUCCACAUCUGUCGAUCAGCAGUGCCCCACCCACCCAUCCCCUCUGAUUCAUCUUUCUUUGCUAAUCUUUCUCAUAAUGUCCCCAAAAUUUGAAGACUCCCCUCCAUCCUCCACUCUUCCUCCUUUCUCUGCUGAAGCUGUAUGUGUUUAAUCUGAGUGCCAAUGAAGAACAUGUCUGCGUAUGUAAGUGUGUGUUAGUGUGUGUGCCUGUGUGUGUGUGUUAAAUAUGUAAGGAGAUUAAAUCGACUUAAAUCUCUGCGUCUGGCAUAGAAAUUCCAAUCACAUAACCUAUCUGUGUGCUCCUCUCUCUCUUGCUCUCUCUCUCUGCACACACACUGUACAGAGGUAACAGGCUCCUCCCCCCUCCCCUCCACCUAAACCAUCACAGGCUUUAGCCCAAAUCCCUGGCUUUCUGGAUCACAUGACUGAUGUUUGCAGCUGGACAUUUGACAUACAUUUGUUAUGAUUAUUUUGUUACAUAUUUGAAGGACACUUCUGCUUUGUCCAUUUUAUGUCCAUUAAAACGAUGCCGAUUGCUUCAAGUUAGCUUACGCUGAUCGGGUGUUUUUAAAAGGCCCCUCUCUCUCGCCUCUCACCUUCUCGCUAAAUUCCGCUCUUUUUGUCUUUGUGUCCUUGCAGUACACAGUGAGGAUGUGGGCUCUACCAGGCUGUACUUUGUGAACGCCUCCCUGCAGAGGGUAACCUACUCCAGCUCGGUGGGGGUGUCCCUGCCCUGUCCAGCAGGGGGCACCCCCAGUGCCAUACUACGCUGGUACCUGGCCACCGGCGACGACAUCUACGACGUGCCCCACAUCCGCCAUGUGCACGCCAAUGGCACCCUGCAGCUGUACCCUUUCUCGCCCUCUGCCUAUAACAGCUACAUCCACGACAACGACUACUUCUGCACUGCCGAGAACCAGGCUGGCAAGAUUCGUAGCCCCAACAUCCGCAUCAAAGCUGGUGAGUAUGAAAGGGGCCGGCAGAACAUGAAAAAAAAAAUUGGAUGGAAAACGGAAGCUGUGAAGUGAAAGGUCAAAUCCAAACAUGAGAGGGAAUUCACCAAAAAAAAAAAACAGUCAUGAAGCGUAAAGUAGAGCAGAUGUGAUUGGCAGCUGCAAAAAGCCCCACCCACGCACACAAUCACCUGCCCCAAAAUAGCCCGUCUCGACCUGAACACAGAUUGACCUAGAACACAGUCUGCAGAGAGAACAUCUGCAUCGCAUACUACAGCCGGCUUCGGCCUGAACUCGCACCUAUCUGACUGAGCUGCUGAUGAACCACUGCACUCUAUACCCACAUAACCCCAUCAGCUCCACAUAGACAGCAGUGGACCAUCUGGUGGGUAGAGAGGCAACACAUCGACCUAAACAAAACUUAGAGUUAAGUUUUAACUAGACCAUAAGAUGAUACAUCCAAGAACAGCAUGAACCUAAAUCACACUUCAGGUUCAGCCUCGUCUUCUGUUUAAAAAGGGAAAGCACAACAAAGCCCACCUGAAACAUGGCGACUACAGUAAGAUCCUGAAUACAGGUUACCCUCAGAUGCACUUGGUUUUGGAUCCCUCAUAGGUAAAAAGCUUUUGGUUACAUAAAUAAGUCAGUUGAACAGUUGAUAGCCAAACUUCAAUUCUGGCUCUUUGACAAGGUUUUAACAAAAAGGGCAGGUUCACCGGGAUCCCCUUUGUGUAAUACACUUACUGUUUUCCACAUAAACCUUCUGCACUAACUCAACUAUCCCUUUGACACUAUUCUUGAAUAUACAUGAAUAACAUACUCUGAAUGUAAACAUUUUAAUUUUGUGUUUUCAAGCAGGAAAUUCAGUUCAAUUUCUUUGUCAUAUGCAUUUAAAAGACCAUGCAGAACCAGUUCAAAUGAAAUGCAUUUUGCCCUGCUAAUCUCUCACCCCUUAAAACAACAGCAAUAAAUAGUAAACAAGUCAAAAUAAUAAAAUAAGAAAAGGAGACAGCCACAAAAACAGUCUUAAAAAUGAAAUAAACAAGUAAAUAAAUAAAAUGCUUCUGGCAGUAAGUGCCAUUUUAAGUACCUGGGGGCUUAAAUUGUUCCUUUAAAGUUUCUAUGUAAAAACAAAGACUUAUUUUGCCCACACAAACACAGUGCAAUGUAUUGUUAGUGAAAGAAAAAUUUGCAGUACUGAAAGAAAAAGUACAAUAUUUUACAGUUAAAGUAAUAAACAAUAACAAUUAGCUCUUAAAUCAGACUUUAGAGUUAAAAUAAGAUUAAAAGUCAGAGUUAAACAUCAGAUUUCACACUUAUUGAACUCAUUAUUUAGGCCUCUCUUCUAUUCAAGGGAGAAAUAAAGAGAAACUGAGAAUAAAGAAUCUAUAAAUAAGCACUAACAAGGUAUCUAUUUUUGGAGAGAUUGACCAAAAGCUUCCUCUGUUGCCAUCAUAUUUCAAUGCUCUCAUCCUCCUCCUCCUCCUCCUCCUCCCCUCUUGUUCUUCAAACUGUCCUCUUGUGCAAGACUAAAUAUAGCUACAGCACACUUCUUUAAUUAUCUCUCAUUAACAAACCUAAUUGGUGCUUCCCAUUGAUUGGACUGUGUGAGUCUGCUUUAAUAAGACAGACCUCGUCUGAAGUGAAACUGUACGUCUGGGCUUUGGCUUCCUUCGCUCUGCAGAACCAGAAACACUUGCAAUCAUAUCAGACUACAGCUGGAACGAAGCUCCAGCUACAUAAGAGUUACUCUGCAUCUAUUGUCCCCUCCUCCUCCUCUUUCCAUCAUUCAUUCAGGCCAGUCAGUCCCUCCCCCUUCCCUCCUGCCAUCAACAUCUGUUUUCAUAUUCUGCCUCCCAACACCGACCUGAACUAAUACUCAUAUUCAUUCUAAUACUAAUACUAGCGCCAAGUUGAGGAUUUGAGCCAGGACCCUGAGCUGCAUGCCAGCCGGUUGCUGCCUUCAUUCCCACAUGACCCUAAAGCCCGGCCUCAGGAGGCGAGGGAUUAGCAGGAAGCAAACAUCCUGCAGCCAGCGGCCCUAUCGGGCUCUGAAGCACAGGUUACCACCAGACUAGAAGCUUUAUUUUGGAGGGUCACUUUUGUAGCCAUGGUGUUGAACUGGCCCUCCUUUUGAGCAAUCAUUGAGUCUUGGUUGGAUAGACUUUUCUGCUUCCUGGUGGACAGCAGUUUCUAAGCAAAUUCUCAUCAUUGUUGGUUCAUUGCAUAUGAUUUGAAAUCCAUUUGACAGAUGUUUUUUUUUUUCUCCUCAAGUGUUCAAAGCAGAUGUAAAUUUCCAGGCAUGUGUCCCCCUCUUGCAGCAGGAAUGUAUGCACGAUGUCAACACGUCUGUUACUAGGGAAAGGGAUUCCGAACCAGUUUCUUAGCAACCUUUAGAUACAUCCUAGCUUUCAUGUGAUUUUUGCUAAUGAGUCCUCACUCAUUAACCUGAGUGUAAAAUAUCGCAUGAACUCACAUGAAUUGAAGCAACAAUAACCAGUUCACUUUGAACCAGCAGUGUCUUUACAAAGUUUUGUAUAAAAACAGACCAGUGAUACAUGGCGAUGUCAUGCCAAGGCUGGAAAAUAAUUUCCAUGAUUAUCCUGCCUAAUGGCGGCUCGCGCCAUUUAUGGUGAAAGCAAAGGCAGGAUUAGAGGAGUUCAAACAAUACACGAGAGUGGUACGGUGUUUCUGAUGAAUCAGUGUGGAGUGCUGGGGUAAUUGAUGAAAGGCUGUUUUUGCUCUGGAGUGUUAAUGUGUUUGUUUUUGAUGAUGUAAACACUAGUAGAUUAUUGUUUUGUCCCAAACCAGACUAAAACUCUGAUUACAAACCCAGAUGAGCUUGUUAUGUUGCCGUCAACAUACACUCAUAUAAAUGAUUAACAUUUUUUAGUGGAGUUCAAAUAUCUUUAAAUUGAAAAAAAAAAAUCCCCGACAUGUUUUCGAAACUUUCAAAAUAACCAUGUUUACAUGUGCAAAAUUUUCAUGAUCUGAUCAAAAAUUUCAGGGAUCGGAAAAUCUGAAUCUACUGUUUAAAUAGGUGCAAAAUCAAAUAAUUCAGUCAUGAUGUGCAUAUACAUGCACCAAGCUUUAUUCUGAUUAUUCAGAUUUGAACAUGCGCAGAGUUGUCUAAUUUCGCUAAAACAACUGCAGAAGAAGAGUUGUAUUCACACCUGUGAUGUCAACAAAUCAACAAAGGCGGUAGUGGCUCACUUCAUCUGAUUUAGGGUUUUUCCCUCCACUCAGAAUGGACCUGAGCCAGGUUCUGAGUGGUUAUAUUGCUCCUAGCAUACAUGAUCAUCAGGCCGGCCCAGCUGCACAAACUCAUCCUGCAUUACACGAGGAGACUGUAUCUGGCAAGAAAGUUGUGUCAGACACAGACCAAUUGCUCUUGGAUCCCGCCAUGUUUACGUCUUGUCUCUAAUGGCGGAAAUGCGUCACGUUGACAUAGGGCACACAUGUGCAGUAGGGUUAGUUUUGCCCCAGCAGACAGUCACGAUCAGAAUAAGUGUUUACAGGGACACAUUACGGACUAACAAUCGGCACAAACCACCCUUCUUGAUCGGAAUACAAUUUCUUUCUGAAUGGGCAAAAUUGGAUCAGAAUCUUCUGAUCCAAUUUUGCCCAUGUAAACACAGCUAAUGAGAGGUCAUCACUUCUCAUAUGCAGUUCUUCAUUAAGUUUUUCCCAUGCAGAUACCAACACCAAUAUCAAUGUCAAACUAGCAAGUUUGCUGAAAUAGAAUAUACAUGUUUAUAUGGUUUUUGCCUCACCUGAGCUCACUGACAUUAAAAGCAAGAAUAAUUCUCGUUUAACAUGCCGCAUAGACCACAAUCAUCAGCGCUGCCUUUACCUCUCUUAACAGAUAUGAUCAAUAUCUCUUCCACUACAUGUUUGUUGCCAGAGACUCUCGGGGCUCUGAGGGGCACCUUCAAUCCUAAUGUAAAAGACUUAUGGGAGAAUGAAGUGGUGACUGUGAGAUUAGCCAAUUCAAAGUGUAUGAACUCAACUCAUUUGUACGGGACUAGAGGGUGAUGCCCUCAUGGUGGAGAUACUCUUGCUGUUAACUAUGUGUACGCCAAUGCAUGAUGGCUGCCACACGUCCCCAGCAUUAGUUUGGUGUGUCACCUUUGCAAGUCCCCAGAAAGUUCAUAUGUGCCUACAGUACUUUGCAGAUACAAGAUACAGUAUGCACAUGGCUGGUAGGAGUGGUGUGAAGGCAAACGGGCUGUGACAGUCAACACACCAACAUUGACAGGAAGUUUUAAAUACCAGCUGAUGAACCAAGUCUUCUGUUAGAGACAGUGUGUUAUUGCCACUGUACAGGAGCAAACAUGCUGGUCAAAUUAACAGGAAGCAGAUGAGUUCAGUUUUACAAGUCAGUGUGAAAACUUGCAGCACUAAUUGGAAACAAGUCCAGUGUUACGAUUUGAAGAGUGACCCUCUUUCAGCCAAACAUCUCAGUGGUUGUCGUGGUUACAGCUGAUAAAACACUGAAAGUGUACUUGCAAAGCAUUAAAAUUAUUUUGUUUUAUCAUAGUGUGAAAAUGUAUUCAUCAUAAGGUCUUAGACAAGAAAUCAAAGGUGUUUGCUGGAGAUGCAUUGGACUUUAAUUUUGAAGAUAACAGUGUCACAUUUGAAAAAUUGGUUGGACACCGUACCAAUGGUGUUUUCAGUCUUCUGGUCAUUUAUCUUCAGAGCUGGUGAAUCGUGAGUUUGUCUGUCAGUGUCACUAACCUCUAUGACUUCUGCCCUGUCUGCUGUUUACAUCCCUCAAACCCAGGAGUAAAGCCUUGUGUGGGCCCGUAGAGGUAUCCUCCAGUAGAUCGCAUAGUGCACACUCAUGUGUGUAAAAUUAUAUUCAUGAAGCAGCUGAUGUGUGUACUGGGUAUCAGUGAUGUAUCCGUAAUAGCCAAAACUUCUUUUAUUGCACUAGAAGGAAAAUGGAAUCAGAAGACUUCUCAGGGUUAGGGAAAUAAUCUGAAGAUCUGAGCAACAUCAGUAUUAUUUGUGUGUUUUCUUUUCAGUUUUCAGGGAGCCCUACACUGUGCGGGUGGCGGACCAGCGUUCCAUGCGGGGCAACGUAGCCGUGUUCAAGUGCCUCAUCCCCGCGGCUGUGCAGGAAUAUGUCAGCGUCGUGUCCUGGGAAAGAGAUACUGUGUCCAUCGUCCCAGGUAGGAGGUCAUUCUGGGUUAUUCCAAGAUGGAUUUGGUUAUGUCUUAGGGUUCAGCUUUGUCUUCCCUGUUUGUGCGUUUAUGUGUGUGUGUGAGAGGAUAGCUGAUGCACCGCAGUACUCCAUGUUUGACCGAACUCUUAACUCGUGUCUUCUGUCUGCUCACUGUUCUGGAUCACUGAUCUGGUCCACCUACUCUUCCUCCCUCCUCUCCUCUUACUCUCCUUCUUCUUGUCACAGACCUUUCCCCUCUCCUAUCACUGCUUUUAAAUCUCAUCAUACAUACAUUUUUCUCCCCUAAUGUCAAGUAAUGUGAUUGACAUGGCAUUACGCCUCCACUCCUCCAAGCAGCGUGACUACUCUGCAGUUUCUUCUCAUCAGAUCUAUUUCUGUCCUCUCCCUUGCUUGUCUCAGCACCAUGUCCUUGAAGAACAGGGCCACAAUUAGAGACACAGGAUGUCAAUAGGACUGAGACCCCACAUUCAUCUUCAUUAACCUCAUUUGUGUUUGUGUGUGUGUGCGUGUGUGUGUGUGUGUGUGGGCUAGCGAGACAGAGACCUGCAGUGUGCAGUCUUAAUGUUUGUUGUCACUGUUUCAUUUCACAUUUUGACUAUUUCAUUACAUGGACAUUGCAUACGGUGCAGUGAAUGUUUGACAUGUACGCAGGAUUAUAGGAUGCAAAAUGCUUGCAAUAACAAUGUAAGGAAGAGAGAUGAAGAUACUGUAAAGCAGGAAAAUGAACCAAAAGAGGAGAAGCAAGGAGGGUAGUAGGGCAAGAACGGCCUCAGGUCCUGGCAGAUGGCGUUUUAUAUUAUAUGUAUGCAAAACACAGACAGCGUCUCUCUCUUAGACACACACACUCAAAGGUAGCAGUCAUUUGUUAUUUCAGACAUUUUAGCAAGUUUUUAACUAAUAUUUUAGUUUUCAUAUUCAUGUGUUUAAUUGUUUUUUUUCCAAUUAAUCUGUUACAUUAAGACACUAAAUUUUGUGAGAAUCAGCAAAACAUCUUUUUGUGCAUGCAGUAUUACAGCUCUGAUGUUAUGCAACCAUUUUUUGUUGAUCUGAGUUAUUCUGAGCCACUGUUAAAAAAAUGUUUUGCUUGCUACAAACAAAAUUGCAUUUAAGUGCAGUUCUGGAAGUUAAUAACAGAUUUUCUUCAACACACAACCUUUUAUUUAUUUCAAGUCAGAUGAUUGCUUGGCUGUGCAUUCUGUUUAGUUAAGUUUAGUCUUUAUAUUUUUCUUUGUCGUUUUCAAAUGACAACUUAAAUCUUUUAUUAAUUUCCUAUUUUUAUUCAGUGAUAUCACUGCAAUAAAAACACAGCCGCCUAUGAAUUCUGAACAGAGACUUGGUUUACUACGGUCUACUUUCUCCAUCCUCUAUGUGUGCAUUUGUGCUUUUUAUGUAUGGUGUGUUGCUGUGUAUAUGUGGCUUCUGUGUGUAAUUAGGGGUAUGUAGGUCAGUUGAUGAGCAGUGAGUGUGGGGAUCAGAUGAUGAACAUGACGAGCUGCUCACUGAACUCAUGACAGAAACACAACAAGGACUUGUGUGUUUUGCCUCAACCGUGACCUCAGAAAUACAACCUCAUCAUUCGUACUGACAAUCAAUCAGCACAUAAUGUUGCUUUAAAAUUCUUAAGAGAUAAUAUACAGUGAAUGGGUGGUCAUGCAAAAUAGAAUAGUGACCGAAUGAGCAAAGAGGAGGGGACUUGUCUCACACUGAAGUGCCCAGUAACUGUCUUUACUGCCUUACUGAAAAGACCAGCCUGAAAUGAGAACUGAUGAUUUGUCCACACUGUCACCAGGCACAGGCCAGACUCUUUUAUGUGUCUUGAUUUGAUAUGACAUGUGUGAUUGCUAUUGAGUAAUUACAGUUGUUAUGGGAUUUAACCAAACAGAAUCACUUAUUUAACUCAACUGGGCCAACACGUACAUAGUGGUUCAUACUGUAAGUGUUAUUGGAUGAAUCUAACAAUAUUGAUCUACAUAUAGUGAACACCCAAGCACAAUACUAAUUUCAAAAAGAUAAAAAUAAAGACUGAUUUAAUAGAAUUUGAUGUUUCACAAACCAUUUAAACACAAAUUUCAUUUAAAAUAAUGCAAAGGCUGAAUGUUGAAGCUAAAAUAUUUUUUAUAAAAAAAGUUCUCAUCUUAUAUUUGGUGCCAAUACAUAAAAAAAAAAGGUUAGGACAGGAGCGUGUUCGUCAUUGUGGUGCAUCAGUUCUUCAUUUGUAGAUGUUUGGAUCUGAGGAUACCAUUAUCUGGAGUUUUUGUCCCAGCCUUGCUUGGUUUAGGUUUUUACCUGUUCAACUGUUUGGGGUCUCUUUUGUGGAUAUUUUUUGUGUGUCACAAUGCCCCAGAUGUUCUCAAUACGUGACAAGUCAGGACUGCAGGUAGGCCAGUUUAGCACCUAGACCCCUCCACUGCAGAGCCAUGCUGUUUUUAUAAGUGCAGAAGACAGAUUGAUAUUUUUUUUGCUGAAAAAUAUAAGGUCUUCCCUCAACGAGGUAUCAUCAGGGUGACAACAUGUGUUCGCAUUGCUUUGCAUUAGUUUUGACUUUUACAGGCAUGAUCACUUCUCAUGCCCUGGAUCCUCAUGCAUUUCCAAACCACCUCUCAUUAGUCAUUGAAAUGUGUGUCUAUAACAAGCUUGAUUUCUGGAUCAUGUUUUAUUUGGUUUUCUCUUAGCAUAGUUCAGUUUUGACCUUUUUUUAUGGAUGCAGUGACAAACUAUAUUUAAAAAUAGUGAAUUUUGGAAGUGAUCAUAGCACAUACAGUGAUUUACUUCACAGUCACAUCUGUUUUUUUAUACAGCACUGCCUGAGAGCACCAAGAUCUAGGACAUCCUGCAAUGAUUUUUGACCAUAUCUGUUUUGUACAGAAAUUUCUUAAGAUUCACUUUAUCUUUAUCUCGCUGUUAUAUACGAAAGAUGAAAAAAAUCCUCAAAUCUUUUGCAUUUUGGGAACAUUAUUUUGAAGAUGAUGAACUAUUUUACUCAUGCAGUUUCUCACAAAGUAAAGAACCUCUUCUCACUUUACCAUUAAAUUUACUCUAAAAUGUCCUGUUAUGCCCAGUUAUGUUCCUCACCUGUCGCAAAUUAACCUGAUUAGUUACAAGGUGCUCCUCAAAGUUUUCUAAAUCAACUUUUGACAAAUUGUCUUUGAACUAUUUUUAAAUCAAAUAUUUUUUUUAAAUAAAAAAAUUCUGUACAUUUCUUACAGAAUUUCAGCAUUUUAGGGCUGGUGAAUGACAAAAUAUGCUUUGGAUAUAACAGUUAAUUUGUAAAGUAAUCAGAAGAACAUUUGGUGUCACUCUUAACUUCUCAGGUCAAACUCUCUUUGUCUCCCGCUCAGCCAGCGCUGGACUGUCUAAACAGGUUUAAUGAAGAUGUGAAAAUUAAAAUUGAUUUUGUGACUGAGCGCUCUCUACAUGCGAGGAGUGUGGGCGGCUGCUUGUCUUUGCCUGUCACAACCUCCUGUUCUUUGCUUGAGAUAUGCAGCAGGAGGGUUAGGGGGUUGAUCAUGAGUGAGUAGAUCUAUACGGUUGUGUGUUUUUUACUCUUAAAAAAAAUCAAACAAAACAGUUAAUCUAUCGGUUCUAUUGGUUUCCUCUACCUGCUUGUUGUGCUCUAGUACCAUGAAAAGCAAGGUUUUAUCCCAUAAUGCACCAGGCAGAAUAAGUCACGGACACAUUCUAGCUUUUUUGCAAAUAUUUACAGAUACUUUGAUUAAAUUGUAUGAUUUUUAUUUUGAGAAAUCUCAUGUGCUGAUGAACUCUCACUUUGGGAUGUUUUCUGAUAUUACAUUGAUGAGCAGGGACAUUGUCUGCUUAAACCUUUUGAAAACAACAAGACAAAGCACUCAACCAUCACCUAACUUUCCUUUGAAUUUCAAACUUAGUAAAUUGGUUCGAUGUACAACUGAACCAAAAAGAAAAAUAUAAAAUCAACUCUUUUUAGCUGCAAAAAAGGAAAGAAAAAAAAACUGUGUCUGAAGUGUCUAUCGGAUCUUUGCUUAAACCUGGUCCUUUUCUUUGUGGACUCAUUAGAGGGCUGAUCAGUAGUGUGAUCACAUACCCGUAUGAAGGUUGACUUGAUGACAUAACACAACGCAGCCAUGCCCUCUGAACCCCAACAGGUUCCAUUUUGUCAAACACGCAGGUUCCCCAUCUGGAGCCAUGCGUGUGUGUUUAUUUAUGUGUGUAUGAGCGUGUAUGUGUGUGUCGUGUUGCCUGCCCCACUUUCCUGUCCAGCCAGGACAGUGAGGGGGGUUUAGGAGGGGAGGGGUGCAGGCAGACUGACCUAUUUCCCUCUAACUCCCCCGUCCCGUAAACCCUGUAGUUAAGCUUUGUGUGCAUGUUUUUGUGUAUGUGUAUGUGUGACCCUCAUGAGACAAUGGAGGCCUGCUAGCCUGAGCGGUGAUCUGAAGAAGGAGAGCUGGAGCGCUGACAGAGGGAUGGAGGGUUUGUGGACAGGAAUUAAAAAAAACAACAGUGGGACACAGAGAGGGUUCAGCUUGCAGACUGAGGCCGUCACUCUUACCAGCAGAAAGCUAAUGAGAGGCUCCUAUGAACAGAGACCCAACCAGCAGAUGGCUGCGGCCACAUGGUGGUCCACAGAAGAUGCCCAAGCAUGCUCCAUCUCAUCCACCUGCCACACAGUUUGCAUCAUGUUUGUGUAUUUGCACAGUAAUAGAUGUGGUCACAAAACCAGUGCUGAAAAGCAAGAACAGAGGGGGACUGGUUGAUCUCUAAACUUCCUCUUUCUAUAAGUCAACUCAUAUCAAGUACAGGUAAAGCUUUUCAUACCUAUGAAUAGGGCUGGGCAAUAAAACUAUGAUGAUAUAUAUUGAAAAUUAAUUUCCCUCAAUAUCGUUAUAUAAAACAAGGUCAAUAUGCUUUUCGAUAGUCAGCAUCCUGCCAUAUUUUGGUAGACUAUACAAAUGGCCAAUGAAAAGGGGAGUUGCUCCAGGUCCGCUUCGCGCUGAACCAAUCGUGCUGAUUUGGAACCAAGUAGCAAACAACUGUGUAGAAGAAGGCUGCAGCUACACGCAACAAUAAAACUUUAACACGUGAUGCCGACAGCACUGUCGACAGAUGAUGACAUCAUCGACAACACUGGCAUGAAAAUGUUGGUGGUGUGGAGGUAUUUUGGUUUUUUGAGGUCUGACAUGAAGCAGAGUAAUGUGCACUGCAGAUUAUGCUGAGUACAUGUUCUCGCAAAGUCAAGGAAUACCUCAAAUCUUUUUCACCACCUGAAGAAGUGCCACACAGCAGAGCACGCGCAAUGCAAAAGGCUACAAACCCCGAGCGGAGCAAGGAGCCCAUGGCGCCUGUGCAGCAGAAACAGCUGACCAUUCAGUCCGCUUUCUCUAGUCCAACACUUUACGACAAAAUGUCAAAGAGACACAAAGACCUCAUAGAUGCAGUAGCUUGUUGUACUGCAAAAGACAUGCUAUCAAUAAGCACUGUUAAAUUUCAUUUUUUACAUCUACUGACAUGAAAAAAAUAUAUUGCGAUAAACUUUUCUCCAUAUCCCACAGCCCUACCUAUAAACCAUUGAUUGAGAGUUUAUUUAAACUAACACUGCAUUAAAGAGAGCUGUGAAAGAAAAUGACAAACUACCUCUAAAAACCAAACCGGAAGAGGAUUUAACCCUUUAAUGCGUAAAUGCUGAGUAAACAGUCCUUUGUUGUGAAUUAGACCCUAAUGGGUGUCACUGGGUGGUGAGGUCACUUACAGGCUACAUUACAGAUCAAUCCUCUGCCCCCUGGGGUCCCUGCUGGAAGCCAGGCAGUUCAACAAGGGCACAACAAUACACAAGCACAUACACACACAUGUACAUAUGUGUCACUCACAUUCAGCCAAUAUAGAGGUUAAUUGGGAAAAGAUGGGAAAAUACACUCACAAUGAAAUGGUGGUAUAAGCGUUUUAAAGAAGCUUAGCUAAGCUAAUUAGUUUACAAAGUGACUUAGGUGUGAGAACCUGAGCUUGAACCAUUCCUGAUCUGUCCAUGUAGCUCUAAAAUAAUUCAGAAAUCACUGCAAAUGUUCCCCAAAACCAGCAUCUCUACAUGCAUGUAAACAAUGCUGGUCCAGCGUCUGCGGAGUUUCAGCACAGGCACACCUCUGUUUUCUCUAUGAGGUGCUGAUUUGGUGAUCACCUGACAAACAGCUUAACAGAGCAGAGGUGUUUCAGUUUCUUGCACCAAGAGAGGUGCAACAUCACCCAGCGGCAAGGAGCAAAGAGGAGGACUCUUACAUAACAUCCUGAACUCUUCAUCAGUUAUAACAUUAAGACUCUGUUGAUUAAAUAUGAGUCGUAUAGUUGACAUUUUCUAAAAAUGACAUGAUGAAGGGAAUAUGAAGUCGGCCAUUUGUUUAGGGCUUAACAUAGAAAAUAUACCAAUAUCUGUGUGUGUGUACGGCUCCAACAUGUGCAAACUGUAAGAGUAAAUAUGGUAUACCUUGAUUUUGACAUGGACAUCCUGAAGGUUUCCCUCCCAGCAAUUACACACACACACACACACACACACACACACACACACACACACACACACACACACACACACACACAGGUGCAGGAAGGAGAGAGGUGACAAAAGCAGCAGGACGUCAUGGAGAGCAGCAGUGUGUUAGGACACGAUGUGUGUGUUUGUAAAUCUGUGCUUGUGCACUUGAAACAGGAAUAUAUUAAUGGAUACACUUGUCUGGGGCACCACAGACUCAUGUAAACUCCAGCCCAAGACACACACAUACACGCACUCGGACAAAGUACAAAUGCAUAAGCUUGCUCUUGACACACUCACACACACAAAAGAACACAAUAAAGCCAUUUUCAGAUUUUGCAUGAAGCUGCCUGAUGUGGAGCUCUCUCAUUAAACAUUAACUCAGAUACAUUAAGGUUCCACUCUGCUCCGCUGUGUGACGGCUGUCCUGUUGUUUUGUUUCAGCUGCAGCCCCAGUGUAGCAGGACGUGUGUGACAGAGGAGGACAGGGAGCACGUGGCGUCCCCAGGGCUCAUUGAACACAAGCCCAUCGACUCUCGCCCUCUGUCACUCCCCCCCACAUGUCUCACACUAUCACCCCCUCACCUCUUCCCCCUCCUCUGCUCCUGCCUCUGUCCCACAUGGCACGGGACGGGCUGUGGGGGUUAGCAGAGGACAUUACAGACUAAGUCAUGCAGCUGAAGGUACAACAUACAUGCUAACAUAUGGCUGUAGCAGCAGAAUUCAACAAUAGGAAUCGCAUGCAAAGUUAACCACAGAAGAUUUGACAAAAAACAGAUUAAAAAAUGACUUUAAACUUCUUAAACUGAGUUUCCAUGCAGCUUAAGUUAUCAGAAACUUUUCCAUCUUUUUCAUUAUUAUUUUUUUUACUUUCUGUGUGUAUUUUUGCCCCUUAUAUUUGCCCCACUCUGCUGAGAGUGGGGCAGGAGCAGAUGGGGUGCUGGCAGCCAUCUUUUACUCAGUUAGGUUGAGUGGGCACGUGGGUGGGUGUGUAAAUUAGCACAAACAAGUGUGUGUGUGUGUGUGUGUGUGUGUGUGUGUGUGUGUGUGUGUGUGUGUGUGUGUGUGUGUGUGUGUGUGUGAAAGGGGCACAAUAGGCAUAAUUAUCUCUGCUUGAGAGGCCCGGUUAGGGGGGGUGGCUGGCGUGGAGAGGCGGAGUUCAACAAUGGCUCGACCACGGGCUUUGUGUGUACAGAGCAGAGGGCUGACAAGUGUCGCCUAUUAUUGACUAUUUACACACUACUACACAUGCCUGCUCACGUGCACUUAACACAGGAACGUACACACUCUCUCUACACGCACACACACGCACGCACGCUGCUGUGACGGCUCUCCUCCACUGCCUUUUAUCUUUUUGUGAUGCCAUCAAACACACUACACUGACACACUCAUCCGCACACUCCCUCACACACACAUAGAUGCAGCGUGAGCAUGUUUGCCGUGCAUCAGUGUAUCAGUGUCAAUCAGUCUAAGAGGGAGUGAUGGGAAAGCCCCUGCAAACACAUCACUCUGACACAAAUCUGGCCACUCUCUUGCCCUUCAAGCUCGGCUGUGUCAGGAUACAACAUCUCAGACAGAGUUGAAGAAGUCUCUUCUUAUAACGCGGCUUAAAAAAUAACUUUACUUCAUUAAAUGAUAAAAAGACUCUCCCAGCUUUCCCACUUUUGUCAUCAUUUGUAUCUAGAUUAAAAUGCGCUCCUUAAAGUUAUUAUUGGAUUAACAAAAAUUUUGCAGCCAAAACCUGGUUAUAACCAACAGUUAGAGUUCAACAGUGUUUGACAUUUUGAACAAUGUAACUGAUGGUGGGAGAACAUACAGUAAAAAUAAUAUAUAUUGUUUUCAUGGUUGUGGUGUAAUCUAAUGAUAUGAUUUAUAGAGCUAUCAUAAUGGCAUAAUGAAUGCUGAUGCCACAAAGUCUGUCACAAUACACAGAUGAUUUUAUUCAUGGUUGCAUGCAGGCUCAUGCAAUGAUUAUUGAAGACAAUAUCUGUGCUCCAUCUUUAUAAAUAAUCACGAUUCAUCAUCAGUUGAAGCAUGUCAACAACAGCAAAAAAACCUUUUGCUGGAUUCAUAGAUUUAUUGGUUGGUGUCUUAUGAUGCUUCAGAUCAGUGUUUUUUUCUCUGUGGUUGAAUCUGUAUGUCGACAAAUACCAUUGUUUUGUUACACCUGUGGUCAAAGUGACGCUGAUGAAAAUGCUUUAUAUGUAUAUUCUACAGCCGGACCAUAUCGUCAUUAUCAAAACACCAUUGUUUUUUCUUACUAACCUAUCACCUUCAGUUUUAAUUGCAGAUAAUAAUAAUAAUAAAAAAAUAAAAUAAAAACAGUAACAUUUCCCGCACAUUCAAUUUAGUGCUGUAGCUUACAGCAAGUUACCUUUAACUGUUAAACUACAACUACAAGGGAACAAUAGACGCGACAUGAUACGAUACAAUAUGAUAUGAUACGAGACAGCGUAACAUAUACAAUAUAAAACAAUACAAUAUGGUAUGAUUCAAUAUGAUACGAGACAUGACAUGAUACGGUAUGAUGCUAUAUCGUAUAUGAUACAGUAUGACACGUGACGACAAAAACACGAUAAAACGAUAGGACACGAUAUGAUACAGUAUGAUACGAUACGACACGUCAUGAGAUGAUACGAUACAAUAUGAUAUGAUAUGAUAAACUAUGAUAUAAGGCAGCAUAUAGAAUACGAAACGAUACACUAUGGUAUGGUACGAGACAAGACGACAUGACAUGAUAUGGUAUGACGCGAUACAAUAUAUAAUACAAUAGGACACGUGACGACACAACAUGACAAAACGAUACGACACGAUAUGAUACAGUAUGAAACGAGGCAACAUGGCACAACUUGACACGAUUCGAUACGUAUGAUACAGAGAGACAAGACGAGACAAUAUAAUCGAUGCAAUACAAUACAUAAUGACGGUAGGAUACAAAACAAUAUGAGUAUGUAUUUUUGCAUCAUGUCCCAGGCUCCUGCUCCUACUAAUGAAAAAGAUUUUCAUCUCAAAUAUAUUUUACAAAACCAGAAUCAUCCAAUAAUUUCCAUUAGCCGGCUCUGUAAAGAAUAAGGUGUUAAUCUGCUCUUGUAACGGCAUCCAGAGUGGAUCAGAGAAAAGCGAAAGCAGGAAGGCUUGUGUCAAGGCUUAGAGUUAAAGAGUUGGAGGGUUUAUGUGGCCUGGAUUGGGUUAAGAAAUAGGAUUUGAGUAAAGAGACUUUACCCCUUUCCUCUUGCUUUCUUCGACUCUUUUGUUUAGGCUAGCAAAGAAGGAUUAGUGCAUGAGAUUACAGCAGGCUUUACUGAGAAAUAGUGUUUAAGGAAAUGCUUAUUUACUGCAGCUUGUACUGAUGGCAAGAAGUUCACUCCUGGAUUUUCCCUGUUUUUCUAUCACUGUGGACAACAGUGGUAUUUUCUCUAAUCCUGUCCUUAAAUGUCUCUACAAUAUUGCUGUCAGUUUCCAUCAGAUUUCAUGGGAUUUAUACAAACUGCCAACAAUGAAAAAGUCUUUGAACUUUAAGUAUAAGCUUCAAAGAUACAGUAUGAUGGUAAUAAGAACAGAAACAGAGAGCUGUUGUCGAUUAAGCCCUGAAUAGAUUUUGUUUGGCAAAGAGUGAUGGGUUUUGGUGUGUCUAUGAGCAUAUGCAUCGUGAGAAGACAUGAUCGGGGAUCAAAUGGGAUCCCUGGUGGUCAUCCAAGUGCCAUGUUCCUACAUGACCUCUCAAUCAGACCUAUUGAUCCGCCGCACUAUUAGCUGUCCAAACACACAUUAAGGCCAGAUCAACAUGGCAGGCUGAGAUUGACUGCAGCAGGCGGGAAGGUGAGGGGAGGUGAACACAUCAGAAAGCUGCUCUGAGGUUAAUGUGAUGGAAAAUUCUGAGAGAAAGGAAGGUUGUGCUGUCAUUUGUGGAUUAGUAUGUACAUAGUAAAUGUCAUGUGUAAGCAAGUCAAUAAUUCAGUGUGGUUAUAGCAUGUUUGCUCUCUCUGUUUACCUCUACUAUAAAAAUCUGUUGAGACUCUUGUCAACAUUUUAGCUAUGACACACAACAAAGGACGAUACAAACCAAGUAGUGUUAUGGAAGACUAAAGAUAAUGGAAAAUAAAGGGUAAUUUCACCCCAAAGUGUGAGAUUAUUACUGUAGUUGCACCAAUUGAAUUGUUACAUUGCAACCAGUCGCAACAGAUUGCUGUCCACCAAAAAGUCUGGUCCAGUUUCAAGUUUCUAUUUGCUUUUGGGUUUAACGUAAAACUGGCUAUGACAGAUCAUGAAUUGGUAGCCAGGUAGUAAACAAAACCUAGAAAGAAGAAGGAACAUACAAAAAGGCAAAGCUGUUGUAUCGUUUGUACAAAAGGUACAGAUGUACAAGAUGUCAGCGGUUUCAUCAUUUGACACACAACCUGUUAGCCCCUUACUAUUUGACACAUUUGGAAACUGUUGUGACCUAUAGGUCAAGAUGGCCCAAUUUUCAUUCCUUUAUUUUCUACCUGUACAAGAUCAUCAGUGUUAGCGAUUAAACAAUCUCUCAUCUCUGCUCUUGGGUCUGAUAACCUAAAGCACAUGCUGCCCAUCCCCCAUCCUAAUGCAUUGAUUAAGGAGUGAGGUCUCAUGUAAAAUAUGAACUUGUCCACAGUUUUUAAAAGUUAUGUGCCGUUACUGUGGAUGUCGUUUUGCAUUGUAGUAGUAUUGAAUCAGCUACGCCAUAUCAAGAACUUGAAGCAAACAACACUCUUAUUUUUUGUCCUGCACAUGAAUACACUCAAUGACAGUCCUUCCCAUGGACCAUAGAAAUAAUUGGCUGUAUAUGCAGAAGAUCGCAUAAUCUGACACACACACACCCUCAAAAUUUAAAAAUAACUAAAUAGAAGUGGUAACCCUUCUUGUUGAUGUUGUUGUUUCCUUUCUUCAGUGAUAAAAACACAUCAAUAUUGAGAAAUGUCAGUCAGUUUUAUAACCAGCAGAAAACUCCCUACAUGAGCUUUAAUUCACUGUCUUUAAGAGUGCUAUUAGGGGGUUUAGCUGUUCUGCUUGACUUGUGAACAUGCAUAUGUGCAGAAGCAGUUAAGUUGUCUCCCUCUCUCUCUCUGUCUCUCUCUAUCUCACUUUGUCUCUCGAUGCUGGGCAGUGACACUCCUCUGCCACCAGCGCUCUAAUAGGGAGGGACCGGGCAGCUCACUCAGUGCCGCUAAUGCAGCUCACUGCCCGGGGCCAUGGGCUAAGCUGGAGUACACCACAACACACACGCUCACAUACAACGUGCACACACACACACACACACACAUAUGAUAGUAGACACACACACUAUACAUCCAGCUCUGUCUCUAACCUUCUGCACAAUCAAAAACAACCUGAAGAGGUGGCUGGAUGUUUACUCCCUCUGAGUGAAAGGACAGAGUUUCUUCAGUGUCUUGGCUUCAUAGUGUCCAUGCAAUCAUCAGUUCAGGAAGAGUUCAGUGGGGGUGGGUGUUUGGACCAAGGUAGCACAGCUCUGUAUGGUACCGAGCUUUGGGACUUGUGUGUAUAUGUAUGUAUAUGUGUGUUGGAGUGUGUGUGUGUAUGUGGUUUCUCUCUCCCGGGACUCUCAUUAUCACUGCUGUCCCAGAUGUCACCAAGCACAUGAAACACACGUCAUGAAUAAUGGAGUCCUAUUUCUACAUCUCUCCCUAUUUCUCUCUCCUAUCCUCCCAGCCUCUUCCCCUCCAUCCCUCGUUCCCUCUGAUGCCUCUACUGAUGCUUAAUCUCCUGCGCGCUGCCUCGUUCUGAGACGGUCCAUUUAGCUUUACGCAGCAUCGUCGGUCUGUCUGGUUAGGGUGGGUUUAUGGGGGGGAACAUGGCGUCUCUGCGCACUGUGUUGAGUUAUAUCUACGCAGAUGACUACGUCUUUUUUGCAUAAGAUCCAUUUUAUUGCUGUGCCCUGACUGCCCAUUCAGCCUCUCAAUACACCCCCCACCACCACUCCACACUGCCCCCUCCCCCCAGUGUUUACUGUUUAAAGUCACACAGGGCAAAUUGGGACAGAGCAGUCAAGUGAAGCAGAAGAGACGUGGAAACUGGACCCUGCUCUGUCUGUCUGUUCUGUCUCAUCCCUCCUAACCCGAAUCCCCACCUUUGUUUGUUUGUUCCUCACCUUAACACGCCUCUCAACUUUUCCAGCAUCCUCUGAGCUCACGUUCGAGUUGAUGUACUACACAAGGGUCAGGGCAGGAAGGAAACAUGAUUGAAGGAUGAAGUAAGCAGUCAGAAUUGGUUAGGAGAGAGCGCAGCAGUUAGGAUUAGACAGCCAAGCGUGGCUUUUUAAUGAAAACAUGACAGAGCUGCAGAUCCUCCAACGUCUUGCGUCCCGUCCCCCUUUUUCUUGCAGAAAAAAAAAUGAGCAAGAAGGGGGAAAGAAAGAGAAUCGAAAGCUGAAAUUCAGAUAUUGCUCGUGCGACAUUUGCCUUAACUGGCAGCGUGACUGUUGCUCUGUCUGAACAGUUUGCUCGUGUUAACAAAGUCUCUUUUAUGGAGGAGAUGCAGCGGGGCGGGCCUGCGUCGCACAAUUAGUUGUUGCACAUGAGUUGUGCCAAUAAAACCUGCUUUGAAUGUGAAUUGAAAGGAGUUAAGAGGGUGCCAUUCAUGGAUGUUAAGUAAGAGUGCAGGGGAAUAAAAGCCAGGAAAGUGUAUAUAUUUAAUUGGCUGACACCUGCUUCUACUUGGGCUUUUAAUGUACACAGCAGAGAGAGAGGAGAGGGAGGAGAGAGGGCGCUCGCUUUGAAUGCAGAUGCAACACCCCCUUUUUGUGCAUAAAGGAGGGGAGAACACAGACAUCCACUGUUAUAUCCUCCACUUUUCACCCUCCAUCUCUUCCUCAACCAUUGUUUUCCUUCUCUAUUUCCUCUCAUUCCUCCUAAAAUCUACUCUUUCUGUCCCACAGUGCUGCUGAUUUUCUACUUUGACAAAUUCUUCUGCUGCAGAACUGGACAUCUGCCACUCACCAACUCCUCUGCGCUAAUUUUAUUAUGUAGUUUAUUACUUUUUAUUCCGGCAGGGAAAUAUUUUUGGCCUAUUUUAAGCCCCAGUUGGUGUUUUUUUUGUGUGAGUGUUUAUGUGUGUGAGUGUGUGUGCCUGGCAUGUCUGCAUUUGUGAGCACCAAGCAUAUUCCAGCACUGCAGAGAAUAUCUCCGGAAUAUGCUGCUUUUUUUUUUCUUUCUUCUUCUUUCUGUGACAGCCACAAGUCUUUGAUCCGCUCCCUCCUCCCUAUCCUCCUCCUCCUCUUCCUCUCUCUCUCUCUCUCUCUUCUCACCUUCUUUCAAAUUCUUUCCUGCAACUUGUCGUUGAGAACUGGGUAUGAGGCAAAGAAACAGAAUACCAUUUUUAUCAUUGUUAAAUUCAACCACUUUUUACACCCCAUCAUGAUCGACAAAUUAAAAACUUACUAAACUUGGAUAUCCAUUUUUAUCUGUUUAGCUGUUUAGUUACAAAAUCUUUGUCAUUCGGCUUACAAACAAGUAACUGCGGCAAAUCUAUAGAUAGGAUACCCGGGGCUAUAAGAGGUUCUGUGGUUCAAUGAGCAAAGAUGCGUGAAUACUAGUGUUCUACACUUACUUCUAUAGAACUUCUGACUUCUAACUGGAAUCAACAGUGUGUACACAAAAAUCACAGCUCUGAUUCUUUAAUGGUCAAGUGUUUUAUUCCUACAAACUGAAGCACACCUGUGCCAGCAGUCAUAUCUUCUUCAUAUUACGGUCUUUACUCAGCAACUGGGCCAUCAAACUAAGAAUACUCACUGGACUAACCUCAGAAGUCACAAUUGAGCUGUAGCAACAUACCAGUAUUGAUGGAAACAGUCUUUGUUGAGACAUCACAAUAUUGAUAUCGUGCUAAAAUUAAGCACCCCCUGAGCAUCUUUUGGUCUAAAGAGGUCUAAUAGAUGUCUAAAUGUAGCCUGGAUGCAGGUCUAAAAUCAGGCUACCACAUGUCUAAAAAUGAAAGAUUUUUAGACGUCUAAAUUUAGACCAAGUCUAAAUCUGGGCUAUAUUUAUACUACACUGUAUAGUGCUCAACGGCUAUCAUCAUUAUUUUUAUAAAGUACUUGGAGAUCAGUUAUGCAACUCACAGUUGCUUUUUGAAGUAAAUAGUUAUCAAAUAAUGGGUUAAAGUGCAACGUCUGAAUUCUGUCUAAAAAUAUAAAGAAUCUAGACAGUUUAAAUUAGGUUUAAAAAAAAAACUAGACAUCUAAGAGCGAUCUUUUCUCAGCGGGCAGGUUACACUGGUUACUCUGGUCCCCACAGGUCAUGAACUGGCUUGAAGCAGCUCUAGGCUGAAAAACUAAUAAUUAAAGUGACAGGAAAUUUAAUUGAACAUUUAUAUUUUUAGACUGCUGUUUUAAUCUGUUUUUAUUCAUUUCCACAACUUGAGAUUUACUGUGAGUAGCUUCUACUUUAAAAUGAAAGUAUAGGCCGCAAUAAUUGUAAGGUGAAAAUGUGAUAUCGUGACAGCCUGAGUCUGUGGUAAAGCUUAUGUCAACGUCAAUGUUGUCGAUCAGAUUGUGAAUUUGUGUAGAGAUCAGCCAGAGAUCAAAAUCCUCACAGAGGCAGAGAAGUCUAUGUCUAUAUUUCUAUAACUAGAAAUAUAAAGAUAUGGUGUGUAUUGUCUCACACUAAGUGUUGUGUGGACACAGGUCAUUAAACCUCAAAAAAGGACAAUAGUGCAGCCUUAAAGGAGACAAUUGAAGAGUUUUUUAGUCAAUUUCCCUGUUUGACAUUAAACCACAUAGCUCAAAACUCUGCUCUGUGGAGAUUUAUCAGAGGGUUUCUAUAUUGCUGCUGCUUUGUGUAGGAGUGAAACCUCUGACCCCUGCUGCUUUGCCACAUUUUCUACUUGUACUGCCUUACACUCCUCAUAAUGAGCAGGGAAAACAUACUAACCUUGAUUUAACAGUGAGGGCCCUUCAAGGCACGGAACUACUGCUUUUGACCAUCAGCUGUGUUGAGUAAGAUGGAGACCCCAGGGAUCAGACAAGAGUGAUCUGCGAAGAGAGAAACAGGGAUCUGAGUUCGAUAGCUCAUUAGCCUUUUCCAGACCGAUUAGAUAAGGGGUCUAUACAGGGAACUCCCAAAGGACAAGCAGUGAUUUCACAGAAAGUGGUGGUCAUAUAGUCAGUUUAGAUGUUUUUUUAAAAUAUCAAGGUUUUAUUUUGCCUAUUACACAGAAAAAGUUGUAUUUCAGGAAUGUUCGUGUCAUGAAAUAAUUCCUAAACAGGAUGAAAAAUGUUGCCUCCUUAAAUAGCCAACUCUACACUGAGUGGAAAUUUGCCCUUUUAAAGCAUAUAGGUCAGUUUGGUUUCAGCUAAAUUGGUUUCCUGUUGAUGGUGGAAGAGCCCGGCUGGGUUUCAAAACUGUAUAAAUAACUGCCAAUGAACAGGCCUCGAGUAUUUUUAGAAAUGCCUUUUUUCUUUGAGCGAGGGACACUCACAACAAGCGACACACACUUCUUGUCUUGGCGGUUCAGAAAAUUUAAAAGUCAUAAAAAAAUCUGUCUCAUUUUGUGGUUAAGAAGGGGACUGACCCAAGAUUGAGACACAGGAUGAGGGAAAACCAAAAGAAAGUGUGCUCUGUUAGAGGUUUCUCUAAAAUAUUUGUGAUUGGAUGCAAAACCCAUGUGUAUCUCAGAAGCUAUUUUUAGCUUCUUUACACUGAUGCUAUUUUUUGCCCGUUCCUCUCGCUGACCUCUCCCACCGACCCACCAUUCUGAUUUUUUUGCAGUGGCACAUCACAGAGGGUUCCACUGUUCCGUCCUCGAUGAUUGUAAACAUGUGCUGCUUUAAUUAUUGCUGAAAGUACGCCUAAAUCAGUGCAGGAUGGCAGCGAGAAGACCCUAGCAACAGGGAGAGGAUGAGGAAAGCGUGAGAGAGGGGAGGGGAGGGGGAAAGAUGCAGAACAUCAAUAAAUAAUGGCCCCACUGAGGAGGUGGAAAUAUGGGCCUCGUUAUCUUUGCGCCGACGCCUUCAUUUGCAUGUGAGAAAAUGAGGCUGCUACCAACUUGCACGCGCACACACACACACACACACACAUACACACUGGAUCUUGGACCCAAAUGAGCUAUAGUAUGUAUCCUAUUUAUAGACUCUGUCAUGCUUUUAGUUUUUCCUAUUCUCUCUUGCACAUUUAUACACGUGUUAUUUUCCUUUUUCUUUCCACCUUUUUGAACAGUCAUGGCAGCAGGUCAAACCUGAGAGGCCCUGAUGGACCCAAAAAUGAAAAGCAAACUCAAACCUUUAUUAUAUGAGAGAGGUUUGCUGAGGACAUACAGCACAGUUCAUUGAAGUAAUGGCCUUUUAUUAAAUUACAUACAUGCAGAGAAAAGUAUACUGGAUUUUAAAUGCCUUCUAUCCAUUUCCUUUAUUCUUUCAGCUGGUCUGUGCAUUUAAAUCAACCUCAGAUGAAUGUGUGUUACCUAAAGCUACAUGAAGGAUUAAAUGGUCUAUGCUGUAUUAUUGUGCAUGCAGGAACAUAAACGCUGUAAAAGAAAUAAGCUGGGGGAAUAAAUAACAGUGGAACAGGAAGAGUGAAGAUGACUGAAUUAUGUUUAUGUAAUAGAAACUAAAUUAUUUAAUGUUUUAAUAAUAAUAAGUAUAAUAAAGGUAUCGAUUUCCUACAAUUUUCUUCUAUAAAAAAUGUACAUUUUCCUGAUCCAGUCUUCACUAGAAAGGGUAAUUGUAGUUCCCCUCAGGACUCCAUCUGCAUCAGGGAUACAUGAACAGUUCUGCACAAUCUUUCCAUGAAUGGGUCUCAUUGAGACUCUGACCAAACUCAUAGAAAACCCAACAAUGUUGGCAUCCUCUAGGCAACGCGGCUGCUUUCAAAAAGCUUCUUUCUGGGUGAAAGAACUCUGUAAAGAAGCAUUUAUAGUUGAUGAAGAACACUUAAACCUCUAAAUGGCUUUUUGCGAGAACUGAGUGCUGCUAUUUUUACUUCUUGCUCCUUUUGGUUUCUUGGUUCAUGGUGUUUCACAGAACCAGAAGAGGUUUUAGGGUUUUUUCUGUGUACAGUAUGCGUGAUGGCACAGCUGAUCAGUGAUAAGUCCAUUCCCAAUUACAGAGUUUCUCCUGAAAUAAGUGAGAGCAUGACCGUAAACACACUGAACGAAAAAACCUGCAUGUUACAGAUGUGAUUUUUUUGUAAAAGAAGAGGAAAAACUACAGUCCUUUGAGUUAAAAUAUUUUGUUAUUGGCAUAAAAAUAUCAUGAGCUUGUAGAGAUCGUUACAGUAUCGUAAUGGAAAAAAAUUAUGCAACACUGAACAAUCAACAACAGCCCUUUUUUCGGCUCGGAUUUCCUGCAUGCAUGUGUGCAUGUUGUGCUGCAGCUGUGCAUGUCCAUGUCUCGGUGUGUCUGUGUGUGAAAGGCACAUCGGCUCUGUUUCUCGUUAUCAAGUCAAGUCAGCAUGAAUAAAAGCCGAGGGAGCGCAGUGAUUUAGUAAUUAAUAUUUUACUCUGUCUGCCACUCUGCUUAGAGACUGAGAACGAGCCGCUCAGAAACACACACAGAGUGAGAGAGGGAGAUGAUAAGAGGGUUCACACAAAGAGAUAAAGACAGUCAUCUGUAGAUCCACUGAUUUUAUGUACAAGACACUCAGUGAACAAGGACAGAUAGUGAGGGAAAUAAUGUGGCGGCGUUGUGUAAUCAGUGUUGUUCCAGAGGCAUCGCUGCAGAAGGGAUGAAUUCCGUCCCCUGCUGCAGAACGAAAGUGUGGCUUUGACAGAUCCAGCUGACUCUCUGCCGCUCUCUCUUUCUCUUGCUCGCGCUCUCCCCCCUGCCUAUGUCAGAGUGUUGUGACAGGCGAGUUGUUGGUGUUGUGGGAGUAGCAGCCUUAAAGUGCUCAUUAUCCUGUAAGGCUUCAUUCUGGGGGGCAAACAAAGGCUGCUGUGAAAUUGCAGCCUGUGCCUCCUCUCGGGUCAUGCAGUAUAUUCCAAGCAAACACAUGCACAGACCAUAACUGCUACCUUUACUGUUCCUGCUCACGACCCUGACAAACAGAGAUUAUGGAUAAAAUGUUGAUGCUGAUAAACACACAGGUGUACCUGAAUGCAGCUAAUUCCACUGCUGACCUGCAGUUUAGAUAUAUGACAGACAUAAGUGAUAGCUGCUGUUUACAAACUGUAACUGACCUCAGUGUAUGACCCCGACUGUUUUGUAUUGUGUCUCAUAUGCAACAGUUUGUGUGACAGAUGCUGUUGCAUAUUUUUUGGGGCCUAAUAAAUAUGGCUGAAUGUCACGUAUUAGUUGAGACAUUGUAGGUUGAGGCCUUGCAGGGUAAAUACCUAGACUUCUGUCUCUAUCUGCUGAAAAUCUGUUGAAGUAUUUAAACUUUUACCAACAGUUUUUUUAAGGCACAAAAAAUGUGGAUCAGGUGCAAAAGGCUCUAAAAGAGAGCAUGGGGCGUUUAUCUCAUCGAGGAACACUUCAUCUUUACCUUAAGUUUCUGUUAAAACACUCUAGAAGAAGAACUUGUAGAUGGUGUCGUGAUGGUGGUGUGUAUGAGUUAUACUUUGUGUGUGUUUAAGGGGAAUAAGUCUGUCUCUGCUCUGUCUUUGGGUGGUGAAAGUGACCGCUGUGUGUCCUCAAGGCCUUGAAAGAGUGCCAGGUUUAGGGAAAAAAAACUUCAACAGGCAGGUAGUGCCAACUGUUCAGGCAGCUGUUUGGUCUCAGCACAACACAUUUUUACAAUAAGCACAAUGGGUUUGUACCCUAAUGAUCAUAUUCUUGCAGAUUUUUAACUGUCUUUUAUUCUGUCAGCAGUUUUCUUCUCAGGAAAUUAUAAUAAGUCUUUAUCGUAUGUGUUCCCCACAGGUAACAGGUUCUCCCUGACCUCCUUCGGGGCUCUUUACAUCUCUGAUGUUCAGAAGGAGGAUGCCCUCUCUACAUACCGGUGCAUCACCAAACACAAGUACAGCGGCGAGACGCGGCAAAGCAAUGGAGCCAGGCUCUCUGUAAUGGGUGAGAAGUUUGUUUUUUAUUUUUAGCACAUUACCCUGAUAUUUCUCAUUGCUCAGACCCCCAAAAAACUCUGUUUCUGCCCUUCAGACCCCAACGAGUCCUCGCCCACCAUCCUGGACAGCUUCCAAGCAGGGGAGGUGUAUGCAGGCCAGAGCAUUGAGCUUCCGUGCAUCGCAGGAGGUUACCCCAGCCCCACCGUGCGUUGGCUUAAAGACGGUCGCCCUCUACCCUCAGAUGCCCGCUGGACACGGCGUUUGACGGGGCUGACCAUCAGCGACCUGAGGCAGGAAGACAGUGGCAGCUACGCGUGCGAGGUCACCAACAGUUUUGGCUCAAAGGAGGUGUCUGGACAGCUCCACGUUAUAGGUUUGUGUGAGCACAAAUACACACACUCAUACACACACAACCUGACAGACUCCCACGCUGUCUUCUCAGUGAAUCAGCCUGGCAGUCAGACACAUUCAGCGGCUCCUCUGCUUUUUGGUUUGAGGCACACAUAUAAGUCGCACCUCGAGUGUGUCUGUAACAAACAUAUGUGCGAGCUGUGCAGUAUGAUGCCCCGUCAUAUCAGGUCUCAAGCAGAGAGACAGGGCAAUAAUUCACUGAGACUAGAUCCGUAACACAGCUGCCAGCAGCAUUCACCAUCACAGAGCAGGAGGGUGAGGAAGACGGAGAUAAAGACGAGGGGUCACAGAGGGGACGAUCAGACAUCCAGACAGUGCUGGAAUGACAUUAUCUGCUGUGUACUAACAAGAUAAUAAAAGAGGCGGAGAUAAAUGUACAUUGUGCAAGGUAUACAAAGAAACAAAGAGCGGGAGGAGGCGAGACAGAGGGAGAGAAUAGUGAGGCGGUGGGCUUUGCCAGUGGGCACAUCAUGGCAGCACACUCUGCUACUCUGACAGGGUAAAGGGGGGGAUGGGAGGCACAGAGAUGCCCCCCAGCACACACCACCAGCUGCCUUAUUGCUCACUGACAUUUGCACACACACAUAUGUACAUACACACUCGCUCUGGCACACACACACAAACACACUCACACACACAAGUGGACAGAGAUGUGAAGAGAUAUCUCCAGCUGCUUUUUUAAUGAGUGCGUCCAACUGAUUGAGUCACCACCGUUGAUUGUGCUCCCUCUCUCCCUCUCUCUCUGGCUCGUUGAAUGUAAGUGCAGACUGUAUGCAUGAACCCGUGUGUCUCAUUUUAAAUUCAGCUGGAUGAUUUUAGAGCUUUUUAGGAGGUUAAAAUUUUUACUACUUGAUUAAUGAAGAUACUACGAAAUUGGAUUCUAUUCAUAUUUUUAUAUGUUAUAUUACUAUAAAAGAACCAAAAGAUAAGCCUAACCAGACAGUUAUCCUGCCACUGUCAGACAGAAACCUCUAUCACCAUAUUUCAUUAUUCCAAUUUUGUACAUAAAUCAGUGUUUUCAGCCUCCUUUUACAUCUGCUGAUGGUGUUUUACAAACUUCAACUGAUGAAAAAUGUUUAAAACAGGGAUGAGUUUCUAUUUCCCUGAAAGUAGAUAUGAGCAAUAAUCAUGAAAUAUUGUGUGCAAACCCCCCCAAAAAACUUCCAUUACAAAUAUGAUUUCCCAGACGAGCACUGUUGGAUUGUGAUCCCUAAGUUAUCAACCAGCAAUAAAUUAACAAAUAGUAGUUCAUGAGCAAUUGAUAAAUAUGUCAAAUGUGUGUAAAUGUGGUUUAACAACAGCAACAUUGCAUAUGUUUUCAAAAUACAAGUUUUGCAAAUCAAACCAUAAAAUAUUUAAUUCUACAAAAUGCUACAGUACUUGACCAAAUAAUGGAAAAUAAGAUACAAAUGCAUCUGGUUUCUAACAGACAACGUAUUUUCAUCUUUCAGAUCCGCUUCGUGUGACCCUGUCCCCCAAGAAUCUAAAAACUGGUAUCAGCAGCACCCUGUUUUUCACCUGCACUGUCGAAGGCUCUCCAGAAUACACCAUCAGCUGGUACAGCAACACUGAGCCCAUUGUACCUGACCAGCACAUCUCCAUCCAGGGUCAACACAACGACACCCUGCAGAUCACUGCAGCACAGAAGUUCCACUCUGGGGCAUACCAGUGCUUUGCCUCCCGAAAGGGCUACACUGCUCAGGACUUUUCCAUUAUUCUGCUAGAGGGUAUGUUGAUGGACUGACCGGGAAGUAAACACUGAAUGCUGUUUAACAAGAGAAUCAGGGUUUUAUAACGGCAAUGUAACAUCAAAAAUGACAGGAAACCAGAAUCAGCUGUUUGUUGCUCUGUUUGUAUCUAAGUUUCUUGCUAUCUUCUGCGCUCCCUCUUAGAUGGUACUCCUCGAAUCGUGUCUUCCUUCAGCGAGCGUGUGGUGAACCCUGGAGAGCCUUUCUCGCUCAUGUGUGCUGCCAAAGGAGCUCCGCCCCCUUCCAUCACCUGGACGCUGGACGACGAGCCCGUGGUGCGAGACUCCACCUACAAGACCAGCCAGUACACCCUGUCGGACGGCCUGACCGUGUCACACGUCAACGUCAGCAGCCCGCUUAUUCGAGAUGGGGGAGUGUACCGUUGCGUCGCACGCAACUCGGCCGGUAGCGCCGAGUACCAAGCGCGCAUAAACGUAAGAGGUGCCUGUCUGCUUUUCAAUAUAAAUGCACUCUACACCUGACUCCAUAUAAACACACACACACACAGGAGAUAGCAAGAGGAGAUUACUUUGCACUUCACAUAGUCAAGUCUGUCUGUCUGUCUGUUUAUCUGUCUAUCUAUCUAACUGUCUAUAAUCAGAGAGAGACUAAACUAAUCAAAUCUAAGCUAUGCAAAUUAUUUUAUGUGGUGUUAUGAAAAAAAUUCUGAAAAAUGUCAUCCUGCCUUUUUUUUUUAUAAGCCAAUCAAUAUGAUAAUUUGUUAGGGUAUAUAAAACAAGGUCACCUCACCCGAUGCCUAUCUCCAGUUUCAGGCAUUGAAAAUGACAAACUCUACAUUGUGGAUCUCGUUGCCGGUCUUGUUUGUUUUUGUAGGUGAUAACGAAACAUCAUUAAUUUCAGUGUGUUUCACAUGCAGCUAAAAAUUCCUCACUGGGGCCUUUAAGAAAAUAAAGAAGUCAAAAUCUGAACCUACAUCAAUAAAAGGGGUUUAAAUGUUUAAGCGUGUGAUUUAGCACACAAUAUGGCAAUAACUCUGCCACGAAAUUUUAAGACAUUUUAAAGCAGUUAUUGCUAUAUGGCUAAUCUAACUAUUUUAGCACAUAUAUCCUUCUUUAUGAAAUUGACUUUUUGCCAAAGUUGAACAGUAAAGAAGAGAUUUUGCAUUAACACAUGCAGUGGUUACUCAGUUAGUGAGCAAAUUUAGGUCUCUUUGGCUAACUGCAGCUAACCCACAGCUAGCUUUAAAGCAUUAUUUGCUUUAUUUACUUGUGUUAAUUUACAGUUACUGUUUGCAGCUGCUGCUCUCUGCGACCUCAGACAGCUAUGCUAACUAUUAACCCUUUCUAUCUACCCAGCUACUAGUCUAUCUACUUACAGCCCUUCCUAUCUAUCUUUCUAUCUAUAUGAGGAGGGAUUUAGAUUAUUACACACACUCUCCUAGAUACACAUAAUGUAUGAUUAGACUAAAAUCACCAAAUAUCCUCAAUUAUUUUAAGUAAAGGGAGCCUAACUAACCUCCCUGUCCACUUGUCAACUUGCCCCAAUCACUCUAUCCCUCAACCUUUAUCUCUUCACCUCCUGUCCCCGUGGCUGUUCCUUCACUCUGCCAUGACCUCCCUCACCUCAUCUGCCCCUCUCUCCGACCUCCGUGUUUCUCUUCGUUUCCCCCCCUCCAUCCCCUCCCUCUCUUCCCUGUGUCUCCAGGUCCACCUCGAAUCAGACCCAUGCGGGACAUCACCGCAGUGGCGGGUAGGAACACCUACAUAACAUGCCGUGUGAUUGGCUACCCAUAUUACUCCAUCAAGUGGCUGAAGGACGGCAUGCAGCUGCCUGAUAAUCAUCGUCAAGUGCUGUUUGAGAACGGCACCCUGAGGCUGACGGAUGUGCAGAAGGGCGCGGACGAGGGUACCUACUUGUGUAGCGUUCUGAUCCAGCCCCAGGUGUCAAUCAACCAGACUGUCCAUGUCACAGUCAAAGGUAAGAUCGUAGACUAUAACAACUGGGCACUGUUGUGUGGUAGACACUUAAUAAAAUUCAUGUACAGAAUAAGAGGUACUAAACCACCUGCCUGAUCUGGCUGUACUUGAGAUUACCAUAAAGACAUUUUUUUAUUUAUUGAGGGUAUUUGUUGAACAGAUUACAGUAUUGAAAACAAAUGUGCCUCAAAACAGUAGAGAAAAAAACACUUUGUAACCACACAUUUUACAAAUUAGCAAAAGAUAUUUCUGGAGUACCUAUUCACUGCCAACUGGGGACACUAAUUUUCAAAGUUGUGCUGUCCAACUUUGCAGUAAUCCAUCAUGACUGAGGUAAAUGGUGUUCAAGACAGAUUUAUGUUUCAGUCUGCGUCUGUAUUUUGUCGAGUCUGUGAUUGGGGUAACGAUGGUAGCAGGGCAGCUGCAGAGGUGUUUAAGGCUGUGUGCAUGUGCAUGUGCCUACGUGAGUGUGUCUCUGAUUUAAUUAGAUGAAUAAUAAUGAAGCCUAGAUUAAAUCCCCCAGAUGUCUCAGCUGUAGUACCCCCACCCCAACCUCCAUUGCUAUGGCAACAGAAUGACUUCCUCCUGCCAAUUGGACUCUAACCAGAGCGGCUAUUAUGGGCUGCAGGAGUUGGGGGCUUAAGCGGGGGACGAGAAGAGGGGGCCCACUGGCCAAUGACCUUCUCUCUCCCUCAGCAUUGCUCCAGAUGGCCGCACUGCCACUCCUCCUCAUCUAUCGCUGCCUUUAUUCCACUGACUCUCUGCGCUCUUCCUUUCUUCCUCAGUGCCACCGCUCAUCCAGCCCUUCGAUAUCCCCUCUACCUCAGUGGGGAAGCUCAUGUACAUUGCCUGCGUGGUGUCAUCUGGGGACAUGCCCAUACGCAUCACCUGGCACAAAGACGGCCAACUCAUCGUGCCAGGCUCUGCUUCUGGCGUGGCAAUAGAGACCAAAGAGUUCAUGAGCUCCCUGCAAAUCUCUAAGGUGACACUGAAGCACAAUGGAAACUACACCUGCAUCGCCAGCAAUGCCGCUGCCACUGUCAGCUGGGAGAGACAGUUGAUUGUUACUGGUGAGAGACUGAGCAGGAAGAAAGUUACGUGAUGAUGAAUAUGGGUCAGAUGAGAAGUGAUAUCUAAUGUGCUUAGGGAGCUUAGGACUCCUAUUUUAGAACAUUUCCAUUUUCUACCUUUCAUUGGAGGACUUCUUUUAGUUCCUCCAUUUGGGUUAACUGACUGCUUAUUUUAUUUCCUCAGUGCCUCCUCGUUUUGUGGUGCAGCCCAACAAUCAAGACUGUAUCUACGGCAAAGCUGGAGUUCUCAACUGCUCUGUGGAGGGUUACCCACCCCCAAAAGUCAUGUGGAAACAUGCCAAAGGUAAGUCAGCCCAUCAUCCCUAUAUCUAAAUAACUAGAUCAUGUAAAAAAAAAAAAAUUGAAGGAAGUUACAGUCAAUAACUUUGUGUCAUAUUACAUGUGCAGGUGUAGGAAACCCACAACAGUACCACCCGGUCCCCCUUACAGGCCGUAUCCAGAUCAUGUCAAACGGCUCCUUGCUCAUCCGCCAUGUGCUUGAGGACGACAGAGGGUACUACCUCUGUCAGGCCUCCAACGGGGUGGGCUCAGACAUCAGUAAAAGCAUGAUCCUCACUGUCAAGAGUAAGUGUCAAUCAUCCUGGCUUUAGCUUGAACACACUCCCUCGCAUGACCACAUCUCCUGCAUUGCACAAAUAGGGUACAGUGCACAGAGACUUGGCUUUUUCCAAGAGAAUCUGCCCUUCUAAGAUGCACUUUAGCCUCAGGCUAGUGUGGCAUUUACUGUAGCUCUCAAAACCUCCAUCCUGCACGUCCUGAAAUGGGGGUAUCUUUGAUAUCGAUUUAAGUGUUGUAGCUGCCGAUCCAUGUGCUACUGAAUGUUUGGUGGGGAAAAGGGCUGAUGAAUUAGUGAUGAAAACAAAACCGCAGGAACCCACUCAAUCAAUAAUCUAUGUCUGAGGAAAGAAGGUGGAAAAGAAUCAGGAGGAGAAGAAGAAGGCAGAUUGGGAGGAGUAAAAGGACCAACAGGGCUUGAAGCGUGAAAUGAGAAUGGAGAAUGAAGGGCAGAAAUAGAGAUGUCUAUACAUCUCUAAUACAUCCUGGUAUUCCAAUACCAUACCCCUGUUCCCUUGUCUCAUUACUCCAUAUAAUACUAUUUGUCACACUGACAUGUGUCUGAAUUCUGCUCAGUUCCUGCCAUGAUAACCAGCCACCCAAACACCACCAUGGCCAGGAAGGGCCAAACAAAGGAGCUGAACUGCACAGCACGAGGGGAGCAGCCCAUCAUCAUACGCUGGGAGAGGGGAGACACGGUCAUCGACGCGGAAAGAAACCCCCGAUACUCCAUCACCAUCAACAAGAAGGGAGAUGAAGUCAUCUCCACCCUAAAGGUGAGGAACACGUUACAACACAAAGCAGACCGUUACACCAAAGCUUAAUUCGAUACCAUGAAGUGAAUGUCAAGAAUUUAUUUCUACUAUCUCAUCUGAUACUUUUACUCCAUUUAAAGGCUCAGCCUCUAACUCAAUUGUUUACUUUAUUAGUAAGAGUUAGUGGAGAAUGAUAUGGCCGUCAUGUUAACAAGCCAAAAAUGAAGCUUUGGUCAGCAGCCACUUAUCCUAGCUGUGUCCCAAUUCAGAGUUUGCAUGCUUCAACAGUUGCAUUUGCAGACUGAUGGCAACAAAAUGGCACAACCUUGAUAGACCAAAACGUCUAAUCUGUUGGUGGUGGUCUAGGCAAGUUACGCAGGUUGAGACCAUUGGAGGAUGCUAAUAGGAAAUUCUUCUGCGUCAAGCUGAAGCCUUUGCAUACACCUUAGGUCUGCCUAGCUCUGCCAACAUUUGUAGCUUGACAUGUUCCCCCUCUACCUCUUGAAAUAAUACAGACUACAAGCCUUGUGGCUGGCAUAGAUGGUGGCAGAAAUUUCCAGUAUUUCUACUGCAUUUGCCACUGCAGCGUAGCCACGGCAUAGGUUUAACGCAGAAGAAUAAACCUGACUUUGGGAACCUCCAAUAGCCAGUUUGGCUCUGUCCAAAGGUAACACAAUCCGUUCACCAGCACUACAUUUGACCACUUUGAGAUAGGAGUAGAGGAUUUUCUUUUUCGCUAACUAGCUAGUCAUUUAUACUCCCUAAACAUGAGUGGUAAUAUUACUGAAGGCUCUUCUCAAAGUAUGGAAUAACAUAAAAGGUCAAGCUUUUUCUUUUAUACUAGUAAGUAGAAAAGAGGUGGAAAUGUAGGGAUCAAUAGGAUCAAGAUUUGGGGCCAAACUAUUGGUUCAGCUGUAAUAUUGCACAAUAUUUUUUAAGUGUACCUGCUGUCUGUUGUGGGUCAUUUAAAUACCAUCCAGCCCAUUGAGCCUUUUUCUGUAUGUGCUGAUCUUCACAGCUGAACCCAGCUGAGCGAGGGGAUUCUGUCUUCUUCUCCUGCCAUGCCAUCAACUCCUAUGGAGAGGGACGAGGGCUCAUCCAACUCACGGUGCAAGGUAUCUCUACCACAAACUACUCAUGGCUCACAAGUUUCUUCAAUUUACUUAAGCUUUGCAUGGCAGAUUUGGUUAUGUAACAUGUCCCUCCCUCUCUGUCUCACAGAACCACCAGAUCCUCCUGAACUGGAAGUGAGGGAGGUGAAGGACAGGAGCAUGAACCUACGCUGGAUCCAGAGGUUUGACGGAAACAGCAUCAUCACUAGUUAUGACAUUGAGUACAAGAACAAAUCAGGUGGGUUUUGUGAAAUUAGAUAUGCCUAGGAUAUAUUGUAGGGAUUCAUGUCCCAGAAGUGUGAAAUCUUCUUAAAAUUUUUUUGGUAGACUCCUGGGAUCACAUGUACACAACCAGGAACAUCUCACCCACUAACAACCAGGCCAACAUUGUAGAGCUGCACCCAGCUUGUGUUUACAGCAUUCGAAUGUACUCUUACAACAAGAUUGGUCGCAGCCUUCCAAGCAAAGAGCUCACAAUCAGCACUGAGGAAGCACGUGAGUGAUCAUUCAGUCUGGUUGAAAAAAAAUCUUCAUGUUAAAUUCUCUUUUAGUCGACAAAACAUAUGAAUAUUGACUGUUGGGCUGUUUUUGUCAUGUUCCAUCAACAGCACCUGAUGGGCCACCAAUGGAUGUAAUCCUCCAACCAAUGACAUCUCAGAGCAUACGUGUUACAUGGAGGGUAAAGUCACUACUUUGUGUUUAUUAUGAAUAAGAUCUGAUUUCAAUAUCAGUAAUCUUCUCCCCCAGAAAUGACUCAUGCUACCUAACUUUGUGUCUUUAACUGCUAAAGUUUAACGUUUAGUCAGGCUUUGGCAUGCCUAUUUGAUUACUGGUCAUCAAUUUAUCCACAGCAUUUUGACAACCUUAACCUCUAAUGCUUAUGGAGGGGCAGGAAAGGAAAGCCAGUAAAAGUAUCAGCUUUGGUCAUAUGAAGAUGGUUCAAAUGAGCCGCAAGAAACAAAUAUUUUGCAUUAAUUACGUAUCCAUUUAUCCUUUAAAAGAUUUGCUCUGCAUUUCUUUCAGGCUCCAAAGAAGGAACUGCAGAAUGGGGUGAUCCGAGGUUACCAGAUCGGCUACAGAGAGAAUGGUCCAGGCAGCAAUGGCCAGUACAGCAUAGUAGAGAUGAAAGCAACUGGUGACAGUGAAGUGUACACUUUGGACAAUCUUAAAAAGUUUGCCCAGUACGGGGUUGUGGUCCAGGCCUUCAACAGAGCUGGGACAGGUCCAUCCAGUACUGAGAUCAAUGCUACCACGUUGGAAGAUGGUAAGAAAGACUGAAGAGAGGGACGGGAAUAAAUGCAUAGAUGGCAGCAUCCACAACUCAUAGAAACACAUCUUUUUAAUUGAUUUGAUACUAAAGAAAAUAGAGUUAGUGCAGCGACAGUACAUCAGACACAUAAAUAUAAAGAGCUAAAAAACAUACUGUAUAUAGGUUAACUCUAAAGCCCACCCCCCCAUUCUUUUUGCCUUUAAUUAGCACCCUCAUUAGGCUGGUAGAGAGCAAAAGAGGAACAAGGAACCCGAUUACUCUCUAAAUGUCUGCCCCCUCUGUCUCCUUCUCUCUCCUGUCCCCCUUAAUCUUUCUUCUUUCUCCCAUUGGUUCCCCUCUCUUCUUCCUCACCCACUUUCUGCCUGCCUUAUAUCCUUCUACAUAUAAUGUAUACAUGUCUGACACCACUGAUUCUUUCUAUUAGACUAAAAUAUACAGAUCCUUUUUGACUGUAGAUGCAGUGAUGGCAGACACUGUGAUGAUGGCAGCAGUAAUAGUGAAUUAUUGUCUCGACACAUAGUCUAAAACUGCUCCUACAAUGGCAAUUACCUUAAAGGUGAACAUUGUCUUCCUUCAGAUUUUAUCUCCCACCUCUCAGCGCUCCUCUCAUCUGCAUUUUAACCCCUUAAAGUGAAGGUGUUUCAUUAUUUAUGUUGCCCUCUCCUAGUACCCCUCUCAACACCUCCUCUCCCCCACUUUCUUAAAGCUAAUGCUAAACAAGAAGCUGUUGAGAGCUGAUCUGAGCUUAAAUGACAGAUUUAUUUCAGCAGAGGUUGUCUGUAGGCUGUUGCUGUUGAGUACUCGUUAAACAUCGGUGCUUUGGUCACAAUGCUGGAUAAUCCAAAUCCUCUUGGAGGCAGAACUAAUUAAAAAAACAAUCUAUUGUUUUUGGAAAAUAGAUCCCAUUAAAAAAAGUUUGUAUGUUUGAAACUGUAUCGCUUAUACUCUUCUUUGCUCUCCUCCAGUACCCAGCGAGCCUCCGCAGAACGUGCGAGCCAUCUCUGUGACGUCAGACGAGGCGGUAAUCACAUGGGCAGAGCCUCCACGGCUGACGCUGCACGGUGUGCUGAAAGGCUACCGGGUUGUGUUUUGGUCCCUCUUCCCUGACGGAGGUGGGUGCUGUGGGGGCCAGGCCCAAUGGCCAAUGCAGAGUAAUUAUCACCUAUCUCAUUCUAAACGUCACCAAACCCCAUCCUCUCACCCACACACCUUCUUCUCUGUCAGUGCUGUGAGCCUGAAUGUGUCACUGUGUGUCAGUACCUUCCUCAUUAAGCACUUCCUGUUCCUGUGUGUGUUAAGAUUUGCCUGUAUACUUCUGUUUCCUUAAACUUAAAUGAGAUUACAGUACUGUAGUUGAGUGUUUGUGUUCAUGUCCAAGGUUAAAUUCAACUUAUUUGCUUUAUUCAGUAUGUUUUGCAGAAAAAUCUCUUUAAAAAAAAUAAGCAUUUUAAUGAUUUUGUUUGGUUUAAAAGGAAAUUAGGGGUUCUUUUUUUUGCUGGUAAAAUAAAUAUAUUUAUGAACAUGGCCCUGUCUUAAACAAGGUAUCUGCCAUUACUGAGUCUCAAAGUAGACCUGUUUCUUUCUUCUCCAGAACAGCAGCUCACGCAUUAACAGCUGCCAAAAUUUAAAGAGACCGUGCCCUUUUAGCAAAAUGUCAUGUUAGUCAAAGCUUGCAAACGUUCAAUCAAACAAUUUUUUAAUUGAUAAUCCAGAAUUGUAAGUCGCAAAAAAGAGAAAUGUCAUGUUGAAUAUCUGAGGCCUACUAAAUCUUAUGGCUCACACUAAAACCAAAGAAAUCAAAGUUAAGUGGUUGGUCAAGUUGGUUUAGUUUAUCGUGAGAUGGUCAGCCUGUUUUUAAGCCAACCGGAUGUUAAUCUUAUACUGGCCCUGACCAUCAAGUCCUGAUCUGCUUUUUAAAUAAUGCUAGCAGAAUGUACAGUUUGAUUAUACUAGUAUUACAGGAGUUUUUGAUAUUAUUAACACAAAAUAAAGAAUCUGUGUCAGUAUUGAUGUCGAAAAAAUAUCCAACCGUCUAGUUAAGGGAAGGUUGUUAGAUUGAGACAGGACACAUUAACCUUUAGCUGAAUUCAAUCAUAAUCACAGUCUUUUCCUAACUAAAGCAAACUACACUCACCGGCCACUUUAUUAGGUACACCUGUCCAACUGCUCGUUAACACUUAAUUUCUAAUCAGCCAAUCACAUGGCGGCAACUUAGUGCAUUUAGGCAUGUAGACAUGGUCAAGACAAUCUCCUGCAGUUCACACUGAGCAUCAGUAUGGGGAAGAAAGGUGAUUUGAGUGACUUUGAACGUGGCAUGGUUGUUGGUGCCAGAAGGGCUGGUCUGAGUAUUUCAGAAACUGCUGAUCUACUGGGAUUUUCACGCACAACCAUCUCUAGGGUUUACAGAGAAUGGUCCGAAAAAGAAAAAAUAUCCACUGAGCGGCAGUUCUGUGGGCGGAAAUGCCUUGUUGAUGCCAGAGGUCAGAGGAGAAUGGCCAGACUCGUUCGAGCUGAUAGAAAGGCAACAGUGACCCAAAUAACCACCCGUUACAACCAAGGUAGGCAGAAGAGCAUCUCUGAACGCACAGUACGUCGAACUUUGAGGCAGAUGGGCUACAGCAGCAGAAGACCACACCGGGUGCCACUCCUUUCAGGUAAGAACAGGAAACUGAGGCUACAAUUUGCACAAGCUCAUCGAAAUUGGACAAUAGAAGAUUGGAAAAACGUUGCCUGGUCUGAUGAGUCUCGAUUUCUGCUGCGACAUUCGGAUGGUAGGGUCAGAAUUUGGCGUCAACAACAUGAAAGCAUGGAUCCAUCCUGCCUUGUAUCAACGGUUCAGGCUGGUGGUGGUUGUGUCAUGGUGUGGGGAAUAUUUUCUUGGCACUCUUUGGGCCCCUUGGUACCAAUUGAGAAUCGUUGCAACGCCACAGCCUACCUGAGUAUUGUUGCUGACCAUGUCCAUCCCUUUAUGACCACAAUGUACCCAACUUCUGAUGGCUACUUUCAGCAGGAUAAUGCGCCAUGUCAUAAAGCUGGAAUCAUCUCAGACUGGUUUCUUGAACAUGACAAUGAGUUCACUGUACUCAAAUGGCCUCCACAGUCACCAGAUCUCAAUCCAAUAGAGCAUCUUUGGGAUGUGGUGGAACGGGAGAUUCGCAUCAUGGAUGUGCAGCCGACAAAUCUGCGGCAACUGUGUGAUGCCAUCAUGUCAAUAUGGACCAAGCUCUCUGAGGAAUGCUUCCAGCACCUUGUUGAAUCUAUGCCACGAAGAAUUGAGGCAGUUCUGAAGGCAAAAGGGGGUCCAACCCGUUACUAGCAUGGUGUACCUAAUAAAGUGGCCGGUGAGUGUAUAUUAGUCCAUAAAAUAAAAUAAAAAUCGUAUCAAAUUUUGAAGAUCCUGAUACAAGUUUUUGCGUUGCAUGUUACCUACAAACUACUUCUGUAGCUUCUUAGUCAUAGAGAAAUGAAUCCCAUAUUCCUCAAAACAUAUGGAGCAAAGCAAGUUGGAAGAUGCGAAGCAAGGCAGAUGUUAUAGAAUGCAGGAUUUGUGUGUAUAGAGUGUCCUCCAGAUAAGCAAAAUACUCUGUAAAAAUAAAAGUGUCUCUGCUGCCCCUCUUCAGAGUGGGGAGAAAUGCAGAAUAUCACAACCACACGAGAGCAGGUGGAGCUGCGAGGCCUGGAGAAGUUCACCAACUAUAGUGUUCAGGUGCUGGCCUACACACAGGCUGGAGAUGGGGUCCGCAGCAAUGUUCUAUACAUCCAAACCCGAGAGGACCGUGAGUAUAUCUCUUUAUCUAUUUCACUGAUUUUUAUUCAUUUCAGGACAUUUUGAAACAGGGGAAAGCAUGCAUCACGCUUGUAUUAGGUGAGGGUAGAGGGGGUAAGAAGGAGAUGGGAGGGGGACAUAAAAAGAGUGAGGGGCCUUAUCUCAGACCCAUGACAAAAGCUCAUUUAUGCCGGGAAGCUCCAUUAGCAGUGCUAAUGAGAAUUAAGAGGCUUUGGGUCCACAGCUCAGGGCUGAGGGAGGGCUGGAGGAAGACACCAGGGGAAGAGGAGGGGGCUCCCUCAGAGCAUACAGCAUCCUGGAGUCAGCCAUCAGCCCUGGCUUCGCAUCCUUUCUGCCAGCUCUCUCGCCAUAGGCAGAGGGAUUAUCUCUACUUGGAUUAAAGAGAAUUAAUUUUGUGCUUACACCAUUGGAGGCGGGAUUACAGCCAGAUCCAUGUCUCUUUAUAGAGGAGGGGAAGGAGGAGGGGCCGGGAAGUGAAGAUGGAAAAGAUAGAGGGGUGAUCACAGAGCCUAUUGUUGGCAGACAAAACAAACACGUCCUCCAGGAAGACACAUAAUAGAAAUGUCAAAGCUAAGACAUUUUAAUCUGAGCCCUUUUAAAGCAUUCCCUCUGUAUUUGGUUGAGUGUAUUAGUCCUUUAACGUGACAUACCCUCUUCUGACUGGCACUAGAGCGCUAAUAUAUACAUGUAGGUGGAGUUUCCGCAUCAUCAUACAGGGCAAACUCGCUGUGCACAGACUGUCUGUCUGGAGACCUGGGUAGAAUUUGGGCACCAGAUGGGACUUAACCCCUUCCCCCUCCUACUAACACUCCUUCUCUGGCAUAGAGGUCCAGUUAUGAUAAUGAUGACUCCUCCGUCUACCCCUCCCUUACACCACCAUCAUAAUCUGUCCCUCAGGAGCGGCACCUUUCAUUCUCACCAUUCUUCCAUCCCUGCCUCCUUCUUUUAAAACACCCAUUGCUACAGCUAUCCUUCCUGAGUCUGGGUUUUAUCCCUGCUCAUGUAAUGUGCAGUUAGAGGGAGUCCAAGGACAUGAGGGGUUGAAUUAUUGGAUCAGAGGGGCCUCACGUUAAAGAAAAAGAGGCAUUUAGAGGACUGUUUCUUACACUGCAGUAGGCAUCCUAGAAGAGGCCCACUGUCAAGCCUGAGUUAUAUUUCUGGGGGGUUUGAAUAGGCUUGACACUCUGAACCCUGUACUGUAAGGCCAAGGUGACAAAGCAUUAUUGUUUAUCUUUCACACUCUCUAGUAUCCUGUUUUGUUUUGUUUUUUCUUCUCGGUAAAGUCUACUUCAUUUUAAAUCCUUCUCACUCCUUUACUUGGUAAUAAGAGCAUUAAGUGGUGGUCAGUGUCAAGCUCAAGUGGCCAGCAGAGGAUCAGAUGCUGCUGUCUAAUCUGUUUGUGGGUUUGUGAGUUAAGAGAACGCUGGGUGUCACAUAGUCCGAACUGCUGACCAAUGUCUGACUGAACAUAUGCUACAACUGUGCACCCAAAGGGAGUUCUUCCAAGUCUUCCCAGAGCGGCUUAGUGCGGGAUAAGACCAGCAAUCUGCAAACAAGCCUGCUCACUUUAAUGAGCAUCCAACACCCAGCAUAAGCGUGCACAAACACAAAACUACACACAUAAAAAAAAAACGCAUUUGUGCACGCUAGCUUUCCUGAUGUUCCUAUGUUUCUGUCUACAGUUCCUGGCCCACCAGCUGGUAUUAAGGCGGUUCCCUCCUCUCCAAGCAGUGUGGUGGUGUCCUGGCUGCCCCCUCACAAACCAAACGGUGUCAUCCGCAAGUACACCAUCUACUGCUCCAGCCCAGGGUCUGGACAGCCGGUGAGUGCUUCCUCUGUGGGUGUGACUCAUUAGCAGGGCCAGUAGAAAAUAUUCCAGGUGAUUCAAAAGACAGGAAUCUGUCAACUUCAGACAAAUCUACUGACAGAAAUACUUAAUCUGCCACCUCUAUUAUUAAUUGAACCUGUACGUGUGUGUGUGUGUGUGCGUGCGUGUGAGUGUGUGUGUGUAAAUUUGCACAUGUCUCUCUUUCACCGCUUUUGCACCAUCGCUUUAUUUCCUGCCCUCCCAGAUGAACAGAUGAGGUUGUCUUGGCAACGUGAUGAGACGUAGAUAUGCAAAUGAAGCAGAGAACAAGCUCACACAUGCACACUGCCGCAUAAGUAGCACACACAUACACACAUUCACACACACGCAUACACACACACACACACACACAGCCAUCACAUUUCAACAUUUUCUAUUUAUACAUGCAUGUGCAGCAUUUCAGUUGUGGUUAGAUCAUGUGCACACAAACACCAGCAUACACAGUGAAACCUGACAUCGGGCUAGAAUCUCACUUUCUUAUUAUUCACAAAUACUCCUCCCUCUCUGUGCAUGAGUGCCAUGUAAAUGAGCAUGGGCAGGGAGGAGAGAGGGAGGAAGGGAAGAGAAGGGAAUGGAAGGGGGGGGUAAGGCAGCUGAGAGACGGAGAAAGAGAAACACCAUUAGAGGUAGAGGAAAAAACUGAGGGGAAAUGAGGGGAAAAGAGGGGGAUGAAGAGGUAGACGAAGUGGGGGAGUGUGAGAGACAGGCAAGGAAGAAGGGAGGAGCAGAAGAGGGUAUCAGUCACAUCGAGAUGAGAGUGCUUUUGUCCGUCUUUUCAUUAUCUCCCUGUAUCACUCCCUGGAUCACCACAACACCGCCGCUAUGCUGGAGGAAUUUUCGAACGCACCCCCUACACACACAAACGCCAAACACAUCCUCCCUCCCUCCCGCGUUCCCUCCAUCCUCUCCUCUUCACUGAGCUAGACAGAGAAGGGGAUAGAGGGAGAGAGGGAACAAGCAAAUGGUGAAGGAACUGGAGAUGAACACUGCGAGAUAAACAGAUUAAAGAGAUAGAACUGAGGAUUGACUUGAGAGGGAAAACACUGUUUUUGAGCACAUGUCUGUGUGUGUCUGCAGGUGUGCGUGUGUGUGUCUGUAAAAUUCCUCUUAAAGGUGCGUUUAAAAGAAAACACAACAAAAAACACAUUAAGUCAGUAGCCAAGCAGAUAAAUUGCGGUUAUCCUUGACUGCCUAAAAAAACUAAAAGAGGAAAUAAUCUUGGUAUGAAACCAAAUUUAUCAAAUAGUUUUUGUGCAUCAAAUUCAAUAAUUCUAUGGAGUAAAUCACAACCCAAAGAGCACUGUCAUCUUUCAUCAUUGUCACACUUACAACCUACAAAAUCCUAGUUUCCAUGGUUUCUUCCCAGUUUAAUGAUUAAAGCGGUUUUCUUUAUGUCUGUUUAUUUUCAUAGUGAGAUCUAAUAAUUUGAAUUCGUAGCAGAGCAAGGCCUCAAAUUUCCAGGUGUCUCGCCUCCAAAAACACCUGAUCCAAGUGGGAGGAACAAAGAAAAGACAAACAUUUGUCACUCUGAAGCCAUUUAAGAAAUAUAGGCUUAAAAGGGUGAUUUUAUAAGGUCAUUAAUUUAAUGCUGUGGGCUUAUUACAGACCACAAAAUUUAAAAAUCUAAACAUUCAAAUGAUUAAAAAUUUAAAAGAGAAAUACAGAGAAGUAUAAAAUGAAAAUGAUUUAAAAAAAAGUGAAGCAAUUUUGAAAAUAUAGUUUAAAAAGAAAUGGUUCAUAUGAAAAUUUCGUAAUUAGGGGACCUAUAUUUAUUCCCAUUGCUCCACUUGUUAUUCAUGGUUGGCCAAGAUACUUGUAAAUUUGUCAAUCAGAUCAUUUCUAACUUUCUUAAAAAAAAAAAACUAAAAUAAAUGAAAUGGUGAAUCUGUGUUGCUCUCUCUUUCUUUAAACUGAUGUCAAAAAAUAAGUACUUUCAUUUCAGUUGAUUAUCAUGUCAUCACUGACAGGUCUUAAAGGUUAAUGAACAUUAAACAAAAAUGUUAAAAAAACCUUCUCUAAAACCAUGUUUCGUGUACAUCCUUUUACAGAAAUCAUUUUGAUAUGUCAUCGGUGUUAAAAUACGAGUGUAAAUGAUGAAAUGAAUGAGGGUUGCAUUUAAUUUGCCUAAUUUCAUUUCAGGAUUCUGGUAUCCCGAAUGCAUUCUCACUGUCACACUUAAUUUUUUUUUUAAAUCAUCGUCAUUGUUGUGUAUAACAUCUCUGCUUUCCCUACUAUCACGAUUUAAAAUGCUUCUAACAAAAAAAAUAAGCCUGUGACUCAACCCACAAAAUUUAGAGAUGUAUAACAAGUAACACAAUUUUAAUCCUGUAAAAAUCGGCCUCCACCAAGCCUCUGGUGUCUCUAUGUCAUCACGUUUAGCUAACAUGACAUUGCGUGCCCUCUGUUCCAGGCGCCCAGUGAGUACGAGGCCAACCCGGAGAUGCUGUUCUACCGCAUCACGCACCUUUCCCGUGGAAAACAAUACCACAUCUGGGCUGCAGCCGUCACCACAGCCGGCCGAGGCAACUACAGCUCAAAGGUCAAUGUGGAGCCUGCUGGGAAAGGUGGGUCCUCAAGGCGAGCCGGUCAUAAAACAGAAGGGUGGAGGGAUAUCUGUAAAGGUUAUGAGGGAGAACUUAGUGAAGAUGGCUAUGAAACGGCAACAUGAUCUCCUGCACACGGAUCGCUUUCAUUGCUCCCUCUCCUGCUUGCCCUGUCUGCUCUCUCUGUUAUUGAUUGACAGCCGCUGUAUUGAUUGAGUAGCGGCUGUGUUGCGAGAAACGCUGUUGUUAAUUAUGUGGUGAUGAACAGGGCCUAUCCAGUAAAAUGACCCUUGGGGAGAGAGAUAGCAGGAGAGAAUCAAUAGAGGGGAGGGUCUAUGGAGAAAAAAUAGAGUGAAACUAAGCGGUUCAGAGGAGGGGCUACAUUAAAACACCACGCUACAGCUUUUUAUCUCCCCAGCAGACAGUAAAGGCCCGUCCCCUUUGGCUAACUCACUCCAAACACAACACAGACAGACACGGGAGAUGUUGCAGCAGGUUUAAAACGUCUUGAUUUGUUUCUUGAGUGUUGAGACUUUGAGUUAAGUAUUGACACUUCAUGUUUGUUUUAUGUGUGUUUCUAAAGUCCCAGCGAAGAUCCUGUCCUUUGGCGGCACGGUGACCACACCCUGGAUGAAGGAAGUGCGCCUGCCCUGCAGCUCAGUGGGAGAACCUGCCCCUACAAUAAAAUGGACCAAAGACAGGUCAGAGCUCAUCAUAUACAAAUUGAAUAUGAGCAUCAUGACUCACCUAGACAGAGAGUGCUGCUCGUGGGGGCAGAUAUAACUCAGCUUUCCUCUGGAUUAACGUCUCUGACCUGUCUGUGCUUUGUCAGUGAGGACUCAGCCACCCCUGUGACCGCAGACAGCCAAAAACAGAUCUUAUCCAAUGGCACGCUGGUGCUACGCUCAGUUAAAGCAGAGGACUCUGGGUACUACACCUGUACGGCGACUAACACUCUGGGCUUUGACACUAUCAUAGUCAACCUGGUGGUUCAAGGUAAGAAAAAAGCCAGGAAGUGACUUUAGGAGGAUGUUAGCAUUUUGAUAUUUGUUCUCCUUUGUUAAGACGAUCUCCCUCUCUUUCUGUAUGUCUAGUUCCUCCUGAUCAGCCUCGUCUGACCGUCUCCACAACAUCCACCUCCUCCAUCACCCUGGCUUGGAUCCCAGGAGACAAUGGAGGGAGCUCCAUCAGAGGUGACCAGCAGCGACACUGGCACACAUUUCAGCUAUUGCAUACAAAUCUAUGACUUUCUUCCCAAUGUUAUAUUAAUAAAUGUUUUUGCUAUUACUUGUACUAAGUCUAUAUAUUGAAGGUGAAAACAAUGUUUCUGAGUAGAAAGUCAAACCAGUGCUGAUUAUAGCUGUUGGUCGCCCCCUGGUGUCCAGCAGGUGUAACAGCAACUUUCUGUUGUUUGCUUUAAAUGACUUGUGUUUAAUAUUAAUCUUUGCUAUGUGAUCCUGCAGGAUUCGUUCUUCAGUAUUCUGUGGACAACACAGAAGAAUGGAGAGAUGUGUUCAUCAGCUCCAGUGAACGCUCCUUCAGGUUGGACAAUCUGCGCUGUGGAACCUGGUACAAGGUCAAGUUGGCCGCCAAGAACAGUGUGGGUUCAGGUCGCAUCAGUGAGAUCAUUGAGGCCAAGACGCAUGGACGAGGUGAGCGGUGAAGGAAACAUACUUGAGGCUUAAAUGAGAAGAGAUCUGAUGGAUUAUUAUCUCCGGACUCUCUAAAAAUAAUACAAACUAAAUUUCAUAGAUAUGUUUAAGAAAAAAAAAUCUUGGUCCAAAGAUGAUCUUUUAUGCUGCUUUGACAAUUCAACAUCUAAAAUAUCCUCACUUUUAAAACUUAAGGUUAGUUUAUAAUCAUAUGUUGAGUUAUCUAUAUCAGUUUCCAAGUUAUGAUAUAGAUAAAUAUACAGGGAAAGGACAGCUCUAUGGUGUCAUAAAUGAAAUUAUAAAUUAAAUCUUGUUGUCGACAAAUGAUUAUACAGAAUAUACAUUUUGUUGGCAUGACCUCAGGACCUCUCUGACCUCCUGUUGCCUCUUGUCUCCACUACAGAACCGGUGUUCAACAAGGACCAACCUCUGCUCACCCACAUCAACUCCACCCAUGCAGGCCUUAACCUGCAGGGCUGGACCAGUGGCGGCUGCCCAAUCACAGACUUAAUGCUGGACUUCAGACCCAAAGGCACCUGGGCUUGGCAGAGCCUCAAGGCCAACUCCACCACCCAACUUUUCCUCAGUGAGCUGCGUGAGGCCACUUGGUAUGAGCUCAAAAUGAAGGCCUGCAACAGCGCUGGGUGUGGAAACCAGAGCUCCCAGUUUGCCACUACAGACUAUGAUGGCAGUAAGUGUCUCUGUUAAGUUUCCAUCCAUAAUCUGAACCUGUCCUCCUCAAUAUUCUGAUAAUUAUAUUAUUUCUUCCCCUUGUUUCUGCAGGUACAAUUCCUCCCAUCAAGUCAGCUCGUGGAGAAGGGGAUGAUGUGAAAAAACUGUUCUCCAUUGGCUCCCCCGUCAUCCUGGUUACUCUGGGAGUAGCUUUGCUCUUCAUUAUACGGAAGAAACGCAAAGAGAAGAGACUGAAACGACUCCGAGGUGAGGGAAAGAAGAGUUCUGUGUCAUUAUGUUGGGUAUUAUUUAUCUUACGAAGUGUGCCAAGUUAAAACUGCCAGUCAUUUAAUGAAGAUGUGGUCUUCUUGUAGAUGCUAAGAGCCUUGCUGAGAUGCUAAUCAGGUAAGAGCUGGUUUUUCCGAACACAACAUUUUUUUCAUGCAGAAGUAACAAUUUAUAAAGUGUAGGUCAUCCUCAUAAAUAUCAAAGUAGCCUCACAAGAGAUGUUAUUCUUAUAUAUGCCAUGUCCUUGUGUGUGAGCAGCAAGAACAAUCGCAGUAUAGACACUCCAGUCAAGGGCCCUCCUCAAGGACCACGGCUUCACAUCGACAUCCCGCGUGUUCAGCUGCUUAUUGAGGACAAGGAAGGAAUCAAACAGAUAGGUAUGGAGCUGCCCCUCCAGCAAUGUAAACUUUAUUAAGUAGGGUCUAUUUAUAAUUAAAUUAACUUGAUCUAAAUGUGUCCCCUCAUCUCUCGCCGGUAACAGGGGAGGACAAAGCAGCCGUGCCCGUGACCGACACUGAGUUCAGCCAGUCAGUGAAUCCACAGAACUUCUGCACAGGCGUGUCCCUGCACCACCAAGCUCUUAUUCAAAAUUCAGGGCCUUUGAUUGACAUGUCAGACAUCCGCCCAGGCACAAGUAAGUUUGUUUUUCCAAGCUACGAAUUUCACAGCUUAUAAGGGGAUAAAACAUAAGACAGGUUAAGCAGGUAAAGCCGAGGGAAAGCUCUGAUCUCUUAUUGAAUUGCCCCUCCAUUCACCUCUGUUCUGAAAAUCACCAAACAGCGAGGACGGUACCUCUUCUCAACAAUCAAUAAAUAGAUGCACAGUCUUUAUUAUGCACAAGCUGUUCUCUGAUCACUGUGACCUCUCUCAGAUCCAGUGUCCAGGAAGAGUAUUAAAUCAGCACACAGCUCAAGGAACAGAUACUCCAGCCAAUGGACGCUGAGUCGGCCGAGUCAAAGCCAGUCCACGGCCUCAGCACGAACUCUGACCUCGGACUGGCGUACAAUGGGCUCUCAUGGAAUCACAGCCACUGAGAGUGACAGCUAUAGCGCCAGCCUUUCGCAAGACACAGGUGAGUCACUAGAGGCCACUAAUGUAUUUGUGACUAUAUUUUGAUGUCAUUUCCCAGGAUUGGAUAGGUGCUUUUUUUACUUGGUGCUUUACUCUGGUGCUACCAACCCCAUAAAGAUAAAAGGACCUAUAUAAAUUUGAGAUCAUCCACUCAAGCUCAGGAGCAACACAAACACAGUAUAAUAUUAGAAACCCAAAAAUCAGCAUUGAACGUUGAUGAUGCUGAGCUGAUGUUUGAUUGGUAAUGUGUUUGAUUAAACAAAAUAGCGGUUGAUUGAAAUGUCUGCUAAGGUGCACACAAUGGUUUCGAUUGAUGCCAGGUCACUGCACCUCUUGGCAGACAUUACUAAUCAGCCACUGGUCACUGUAUAUUAUCAACAUUUUAGAAAGACAGGUCAAAUAAAGGUUAUACCACAAACACAAUUAGUUGCUGAAAGUUGAAAGAAUGCUCCCUAAUAUGUUAUUAGGUCAGACAGAUUAAAUUUCAGGAGCAUGGUUGACUUCAGUGUCAGCAGUUUUCAGCCCUGUGCCUGUUCCAAAACCAAGACGCAGUGUUACACAAGGAAGGAAAACAAUGUUUUGUUUUCAUCAUGCUCCAUAUCCACAAAUUACCAAAGCAAAGAAUGAACGACACACUGUACAGAUACGUGAUGUUAAGACUUACGCAUCACUCAAAAUUUACUUCCAGAACUUUUAGUAUAUUUUUGUCCUUCUUAGACACAUUAUCUCACUAACAAUGACAAACUAGUAUCCUACGAUAAAAGGGGUGUUUUGUUUGGUGACUCACUGAAAAAAUACAAUUCCACUUUUGAGUUUCCGAUCAGCAUCUUUCUCUCAAACAGUGUAAACAUUUCCUCAGGCACCAAAGUUCGGCAUUGGUGCAUAAUCCAAAUUGAAUCAACCCAUUAGAAAACCUUAACAAAUGGUACGCUUUCUGAUGCAACUCAACAGCAGCUCAUACAUGUAUUUUUGUCAUUUUUGCUUUUCUAGAUAAGGGUCGUAACAGCAUGGUGUCAACAGAGAGCGCCUCCUCUACCUAUGAGGAGCUAGCGAGAGCCUACGAGCACGCCAAGCUGGAGGAGCACCUGCAACACGCCAAGUUCACCAUCACAGAGUGUUUCAUCUCCGACAGCUCAUCUGACCAAAUGACCACAGGCACCAAUGACCCGGCAGACAGCAUGACAUCGCUGAGCACGCCUUCUGAGCCAGGCAUCUGCCGCUUCACUGCCUCACCGCCCAAACCGCAAGACUAUGACCGCGGCAAAAAUGUGGCUGUGCCCAUUCCUCACCGCGCCAACAAAAGUAAGCAUGAGGAAAUGAGAGCCAUGAAGAGACAAAACUAUUUACAAUAGCACAGCUGAUACUAGACUUUUACAGUUCUUAAGAUGAUAAAAAUAUGACUACUAACAACUCUAUACGGGAUUUAUCUGCUGAGAGUUAGCUUGAAUGAUAAAGGUAACAAACAGCUUGGAGUUAUGUCUCUUGGUUGAUAUUUUGGAGUCGUCAUCAAGCAAAAAUCACUGAUCCAUGUGUAACAAUGUAGGAAAAGCAUGGGUCAUAUCUUUUGGAAAUAAUCAUUUUGAAGCUAAAGGUUGCUUGCUCUUGUGUCUACUCCUCUCUUGUCUCUUUCAGGUGAAUUCUGCAACCUCCCCCUCUACAUGAAGACCGACCCGUUCUUCCGUAAGCAAGGGGAACUGCAUGACCCCUGCCCAGCUGUGCCACCGCGAGAAGCCUCAAUCCGCAGUCUAACACAGCGGGCAUAUCACACCCAGGGCCGUCACAAGACUCUAGAUCCUGCCAAGCAGCAGGCCCUGACUCUGGGCCACUCUGGGCUGGGCAGCUUGGGUGCAAGCUCAGGCACCGCCACCCUGCCCCAAAGGACUCUCACCAUGCCCAGCUCCAACACUGCAGCGACAGCUUCCACUUCUAGUACGAGCAGCAACCCUAUCAACAGUAACAAGGUGGGGGGCUCCAGAGACUCGCUGCUAGAGAGCAGCUCCUCUGCACUGGGGAGACUGCAGAAACAGAGUGCAGGAGCCUACUCUAAAUCAUACACGCUGGUGUAG